GACGGCCACGUGACGCAAGCCGAGCUAAGCGCUCCUCUCCAUCCCAAGGUGCCUCCAGCCUCGGCGCCUGUUCUUCUGCCUUUUCCCUCCCUCCCUGGCCCCGGGCACGGGAGUCGUCUGAAGCGAGGCGGGGCCUGCAGAUAGAUACCCAGAGACAGAGAUUUAAAUUUCAUUCUCAGCAAGAACAGCAGCAGUAGCGGCCGCAGCAGCAGCAGCAGCCCCGGCGCACAGCGACAGACGCGCGCGCGCCCCGACCAGUCCCGCCGGCUCCUCUGCCGCCGCCGCCGCCGCUGCUCGCUCGCUCGCUUGCCCUGCCUGCCUGCCAGCCAGCCAAGCAGCCAUGGGCCACUCCGCCGCCGGGGAGCCGGGCCUCAUCGCCAACGUGGUGAACGACACCUUGGAGUUCUACCGCUGGACCUGGACCAUCCGAGGUAACCGAGCCUGUGUGCGCGCCCGCCGGCCGGCCGGCCAAGCAACGCGCUGCCAAGCCUUUGUUAAGCUCCCCGCAGCCUCCUUCUCCGCAGCCGCGCUUCCUGCAGGCGCCUUAUCCCAGGCCAAGCCGCAUCCUCUUAGCGCGCCUGGCUGGCCACAAGGCACCUGCCGCCGCCGCCGCCGCCUCUGCCAUCUCUUGCUGCUCCCGCCGCCGCCGCCUCAGCUCCAUCCCCGUCUCCCUCCAUCCCCUUCCCUCGUCCAGGCCGCAAAGAGACGGCCAGGCAGCAGCAGCCCCCACCCGCGCUCCGUCUCCAAUUCCUCGCCUGCUGUCACUGUCACACAGCGGUCAAAAUGGCUCCGUGGCUUCUGGGAAAGCGGGUCUGGGAAGGAAGGUUGCGACGCGGAUCUGGAUCUGGCUUAGAUGGGGCCUGUUUAAGCGCUCUCUCCCCCACCCCACCCCCAGCAGCCAAUAGCUCUGAAAGUGGAUGUUUUCGGUGUGGUCUUUCUUCUUUUUCUUUUCACUUCACCGUCUUUCCCCUUAGGGGGACCGCCAGCUAGAAGUGCAGCAAGGAGGAGCAGGCUCCGUUUAAGUUUGCUGCAUAAGGUUUUCUUCCAGCAGCUCCCACGCAGCUGCCUGAAUAUUGGGUGGAAACUGCAAAUAUGCAUACAUAUACAGAUACUGUAUAUAUUAAAUGUAAAAAGAUUCCCCACCCCAUUGUGACUGAUUCCAAAUCCUUUGUUACUGGAGACUCGGCUGCGAUGGUAACCAUGUUAAUUGCGGGUCACUGUGUUCCAUCACUGCAUAGCGGAGCUUUCCGCGCAAACUGGGAACGUGCCAGUCACGUUGCUGCUCUUGGGCCCAGGCCCACAAUGAGAAAUGGAGAGGUUUGCAAAGUGUCUCCCCCCACCUCUCAUUCUUACAGGGUUAGCUUUGGGAACAUGUGGAGGACACACUGGGAAAACAGCCCUGGGGUCAUUUGCCAUCAUGACAUCAUGACACAUUAGAUAUUAGGCUUAAGGCAGAUCCCAUUUUGGUAAGAUAGACUGGUUUGCAUUGUAAUCUGAAUGUUAUAGCAGAGUUUCGUGAGAUGGCUAUGUGUGGUUUAAUUUAAAUGAAAUGGAGUUCAAGGCCUGGUCUCACAUUUCAUUUUAUAAGGUGUAGGCUCUUCCCCCACCCCCUUCCCUUCCCUUCCCCGUUUUCAAGAUGAGAUGUUAUUGCAGAAUUGAUGCUGGAUAGAUCAAUAUCCAUCAAGUAGGAUCAGUAAUAAAAUAGCUACAGCUGGAAUUUGGAACAAGGCCAAAGAGUCAGAAAUGUACUGUGCAAUCCUGUGCAUGUUUGCUUAGAAGUCAGUCCCACUUAGGUCAGUGAGAUUUACUCCCAGGUAAAUGGGCAUAGGAUUGCAGUCUUUGAGUGGCUUCACAUAUGCAGUGGCAAGGAUGUUGGGCAGUAUUUGUCAGUAUUUGUACAUACAAUUCUGGCUUAUGAAGGGCAUACCUGAACAACACACUAAACAAUAUUUUUUAAUACAUACUCAUUAAAGGGCAGAGAUGCACUUAAUGAAUGUGUAUGACUGCAUUUAUCUUAAAGAAGGCAGGACUGUCUUUUAUGUACACGUUUUACUCUUAAGUAUCACUUCUGCACAGCUGUAAAGAUUGUCAGGUACUUAUUGAAUGCCAAGAUGGCUCUACAAUGAACCUAUGAUGGAUUUCACUGCUAUGGAAUCCAAGUGGCCCUGGUUAUAGAUCCCAGUAACUCAUUAUUGCAUGAGCUGCCUUCAUUCCUAUUCCCAUCUCUUUCUGCCAUCUGUUGGAUUGUAAAUUAAUCUUACGUUUUCAGUUGAGACAGCACAUUCUUGCUUGAUCUGCAUUAUUGCACUUCAUCUCCUGAUCUCACUUUCAGACAUACUUCAGAUACAUUAACCAACAUCUGCAUUUCCCCAAAAUGUAAAAGAUUGAGUAAAAUGCUGUAGUUGUAUGUUUUCAAUGACCCAUUUUCAUUCCUACAGUGCUUUUAUAUGAUUCUCAUUUAACAUAAAAGCAAACUGCUGCACUAGUCAUCUCUAAGAAACUUUUAAAUACAAGGUUUUAAUAGCAAAGUAGUUUUAUGGUCCUAAUUAAUAACUACUUUGCCUCAGAAUUGCUAGAGUUUACAUUGCACAAAUCAGCAACAGCCAAAAUAUCAGCUCUUAUAGAAGAAGGUAGACUAUUAGUGUGGAAGAAUUUGGCAGCAAACCAGAAUGCUAUGAUAUGGACUCACUCCGCUGUCUUCCUCUUUUUGAGGGAAUACUAAUUAUCUUUUAAACUGCUGAGAAAAUAGUGCCUAACUUAUCUUGCUUAGUCAACUGUUUUAGAUUGCCAUACAUAGGUGUCAAUUGUAUGGCAUAAUCUGAGAUGCCUCUGUGACAAAAGAACACACACCCCAGUUAAAAAUGUUAAAGUAGGACAUUUUAGUUUAUUCAUUUUUGGGCUCUUUGGAGAACCAUGAGAUUGUGGGGACAUAGUGUAGCUGUGGGUGAGGAACUAUAUGGGAUUUCAGCUGCUUUCCUAAACAUACUGGCCUCCAAAUCCGUCAAAAUUACUUGUAAGCAAGCUCUGAGAGUGUGAUCUUGCAGCCCUUAUCGGCGCAUGCAGUUUUUUAGAAUCAAAAUUAUUUUUGUAUCCUGAUGUCACAGUACUGUAGGAGGAGUCCUCCAAGCACUGCGGCUGCAUCUUUCCAUUCAUUUAAUUGGUUCUUGAAGAAGCCACACCCCAACGCUGUUUGAAAUAAAUGCAGUUCUGUAGCGGCACUGCUAGGGCAGAUUGAUUUCUCUUUCACCAAGUAACAUUAUUACAGUGCAAUGUGCUGGAUCAUUUGGUUAUACAGCGCCAACGUUUUUAAAUUUAUAACAGUAUAGCUAUUUAUUUACUACAGGGGUGGGUAGCUUGUGCUCCUCCAGAUGUUUUUGGACAUCAGUUCCCAUCAUCCCUGACUACUGGCCAUGCUGCUGGGACUGAUGGGAGUUGGAGUCCCAACAUCUGGGUGGCUAAUGGCCCCACCCCAUCCUUAAUGGCUGAAGACAACAUUGAUCUGUGGGCUUCCAGCAUGCAUUUAACUACCACCCAGUGUUAACUGUUGCCUUCCUUUUCCGAAGCUUUAUUUUAGAACAAGGAUGGAGCAAAUUUUGGCUCAGUUGGUAGAGCAUGAGACUCUUAAUCUCAGGGUCAUGCGUUGAAGCCCCCUAAUGGGCGAAGGAUUCCUGCAUUGCAGGGGGUUGGACUAGAUAACCCUUGUAGUCCCUUCCAACUCUACAAUUCUGUGAUAUGAUUAUAUGCUAUAACUCUGCGUAACCUCUGUGUCACUGUCUAUGCUACUGAGAGAGUCAGGAAAGCUUGAGGUGUUGGAGGAUGCUUUCAAUAGGAUGGGCACUCCUUUACUCUUUACUCCAUAUUUUCCUGGCCACAUUCUCAUGCUUGUUGUAAUAUUUCCUGAAUACUAAUCCCUGAUGCAUGCAAAUACUGGUGUUUGUUGUUUCAAAAAUGUGGGUUUGUCUAUCAGAUUGUAGAGCUCCUUGAUAAUAGCAGUGAUGCUACUCAACAGAUGAAUCAGAUCAUCUGUUGCUCCGCAGCAUCAUUUCUCAAUCCACAUCAUCUUGAAAUUAUACCAUGCUGUGGCCUUGCCCAACAGUCAUAUUGUAAAGGCUUUUGCCAUGUGUUAAUAUUGCUCAAUGAAUAAGACAUUUCACCAUGUUGGAAACAUCACUACACAGCAACAUUGCACAAGGAAUGAAUAAUUUUUUUCCCCUCAGACACCUACACAGUUUCCCUUCAUUGUUCUCAGCAUUCUCAUAUUUCUAAAAUCAGAUUCCUAAAUAUUUUUUAUUGUUCUUUCGCAACUCUAAUUAGGUCCCUCAAGGCCAACUCAUGCAACUGUAUCACUCAUACAAUGUGAUAAUUUUCUGGAAGUUGCUUUCUGGAAGAGAUUUCAUCAAUCACAGAGUAUAGCAUGAAUUUCUGUCACAAGUUGACUGCUCAGAAAUUGCAUCAUGGUAAAGCGGAAUGUGAAUUAGCUGCUUUAAUGUUCAAAAAUUGUUCGCUGUGUUUCUAAUUUCUUGCUUUCUAUAAGUUGAGAACCUGCAGGAUGUAAGAGAUAAGAAAGAAUGUUGGGUGAAAUUGUGUGUGUGUGUGUGUGUGUGUGUGUGUGUGUGUGUGUUUAUAAAUUAGAAAUUGAGCAGCUAUUGCUUGACUAGGAGGUUAAUAUAAAUCUGAAGUCUUCUGAAAGAUUAUUAGUAAUACUGAUAUAUACCAAGUUAUUAUUAUCAAUGUUAUACAGCAUCUUUAUGGCUUUAGUUCCAUGUGAUCACUUUAUUUUAAAAAAGGCAUUAGUCCUGAAAAGGCAGAUUUCUGACUAGCAGUUCUGAAUAAGUGGUAAAAUGACCCAAUAUAUUCAAUGAACAUAGCUUUAUAGUAAAUAUAUAUGCACCCAGUUAUUAAGCAAUAUGAAAAGUAGUGGUGGAAGAAAAUCUAAGAAUUCUCGGCCAUUAUUCCAGCUAAGGAGAACCCUUGUCCAAGAAUAUUUUUUGCCUCUUGUUUUUUGUUUUUGUUUUUAACCUGUAGACUCUUCACUUCAAAGCACUUGAGCAUGAUCAUAAGUUAAUAAUAUUACUGGGAGAAGUGAACUUCUAAAACCAUAAACUCAAACUACAAGUUAAUGGGCACACAGAACUCUCCCCAGAACAUUUUCCAUUCAUUUCAUUGGAAGGACCAAAUCCACACAUGCAUACCUUCUGUGUAUGGAUCAGGUGCCUUCAUUGAAAUCUGUGGGGUGGUCCAUAUGGGCAAGAGAUCAAUGUGCAAAUCUGAGUGCAGUGAUCAAACGGGAGAGCACUUCCAGGUGUGUACAGUAUGAAUAGCUUUGCACAACAUCAGAUGCUCAGCAUCUUGAUGCUCAGCGUCCCUUGAUGCUCAGAAGCAGAUUUGGGCUUGUGUGUGAAGGGUUGCCAAGUAAAGAGAAAACCUCAUGUUUACAGAUUACAAAUAAAUCCCUUUUAUAGUUUCAGUUCACCAAGGGGAUUGUUCUAGUCUCAGUGAUAAUCUGACCUAUUCCAGAUAGAAAGAUAAACUGGGAUGCUUGAAAAAGCAGUCCAACUGGCAGGUUCCCCAGAAUUGCUAUGCAAACUUAGGUUUUAGGUACCUCUUGUACCUCUUCCUACAUUUCAAGUUUAACACCUGAAUUGCACCAUCAGUAGGGUGGGGAGAUCCUGUUUUAUGAUAGAACAAUGAACUGAACUCAACAGCAAAAUCCUAUACAUCAGGCUUCCCCAACCUGGUACCCUCCAGAUGUUUUAGAUACAACCCCUAUUAGCCCCAGCCUUGAUAGCCAUCAAUUACGGAUGAUAGAAGUUGUAGUCCACAAUAUUUGGAGGUCACCAGGUUUAGGAAGGCAGCUAUACUGAAUACCUGCACGUGUUCACUCAGAAUAAGUCUGCUGAGUUUAUUGGGUCUUAUGCCCAAGCAAGGUGAUAUAGAACUGUACCUGCUUCUUUGUUAUCUGCCACUGAUAUAUUGUUUUUGACUGAGCAUUCAUUGGGUAUGAUGGGUAAAUCAGAGUUCUUAUUUCCACAACACAUGGUCUCAUAGUCUCAUUUAUUGUGGUAAUUUGCGGGGAUAAAAUAUAGGUUUGGAUCCCAACUCAGUUGUGCUUUGCAUAGAGCCAUUGAAAUCACUGAGGCUGAAGUUUCAUCACAAAUAUCAAGUCACAUUGAUUUUGAUGGGCUUACUCUAAGCGUGACUUAACCUAGAUAGGUCCAACACAUAAUAUUUAAUAUUACAGCCAGUAGAGUAAUUGAAUAGCUAUGCAUUUUGACUCCAAUGUAACUUUGCUCCAUGUUCCUUCUAGUUUUGCAGGGACGUUCUCUCAGGAGGCUAAUGGCUGUAUGAGCAGAACAAAUGGAACUGUUUUGCUCCUCAGCAUUUUACUAAAAUCAAGGAGGAGAAACCUGUGGCCUUGCAGAUAUUAUUGGACUCCAACUCUCAUCAGUCCUGGCCAGCAUUGCCAGUGAUCAGGAAUAAUGGGAGUAGAGCCCAACAGCAUUUUGAGGGCCACAGGUUCCCCACCCAUGAUUUUGAGCAAUUGCUGCAGAGGCAGUAUUCAUACAUCCCUUCAGUUUGAUCUCUGUGCAUUUCAAUAUACUUCCUAGCUUAUAGUGCUGGGAUAGGAAUGGGGUGGAGAGAUGUUUCUCAUCAGAAACUCAGUGCACACUUCAAAGGACUACAGGUCUGCAGGUGAUUAAAGAAGUAUUAUUCAGUUAUAUAUUUUUCCAGGAAAUCUAAUCCUGAGAUACAGUUUAUUGUGCUUUGCAAUUUUCUUGCCCUGUGGCAAUACAUUUUCACACGUGACCUAGCCUAGGGAGUGUGCUGACAGAAGAAAUAGUGACCGCCCUUUCCUCUGUUCAUAGAAGUUAUUAGUGAAGGUGCCACACAGAACGUUAAAAAACAAAUUCUGGUGGUGUUACACUACACAAAAUGAUCCAUUAGAUUUCAAGUUUAUUGGGCCUUUUUACGCAGAAGUCCCUUACUGAUCACUGGAGUUUACUUUUAAGUAAGUGUGCGUAGGAUCAUGUUCUUUUACUUGCCAGAGGCAUUUUGAGGUGCUUCAGACUUCACUAUAAACUCCCUCCCCACCCUGUGCUUACCAAAGUUAUAUCUAAGACCAAGUGGACAGACAGCUUGCAUUGAUCCUAAGCAAAUUUUUACCAUUCAGAUAACAAGAAACAACAAAUAACAUUCUCCCCAUAGCAGUUUCAGGUAAGAUUGGGAAGAGUGAUCCAGACCCCUGAUUUGGAUGAGGCAAAUGUGUCCCUCUGCCCAACUUUGCCUGAUUUCAUUGGCCUGAACCACCAGGGGAGUCUAGCUGCUGAGCAGCCCAGUGCACCUGCCCCAAUGGACAAACACUAUAUUGCCACCACACAAAGGGGUGGAGAGGAGACAGAGCUGUUGCAAUCACAUGAUGUUAGCAGGCUGUCUCGGGUUGCGGUGGAUUCUGUGCUGUGCCAGCUCUGCCUUCUCCUCACCUCCCAAACAUGCUAUUUCAGGGGUAUCCACUUGUUACUGCCACAGAGAAUGCCCUCUUCUGGGCCGCCACCACCACCAUGAACUUCUGAGUGCAGUGAAACUACCAAGUCACCACCCUUUGCUGAUCUGAUCCUAGAGAGUCUGUAGGGAAGGAUAUUUGAGGACUAGCUUGGUUAGGGGUUUAAAUGCCAGUAUAAGCACCUUGGAUUGGGACCCAGAAACAAAUUGGCAGUCAUGGUGGAUAUGUUCUUAUGUAUAUGACAAGUUAAAGCCUCAUUCUUAUAACAUCAACCCCAUUUUAAUACAGAAGGCUUAUAUAUUUUGUAUUAUCAUAGAAUCGUAGAGUUUGAAGGGACCCCGAGUGAUAUGUUGUCCAACCCCCUGCAAUGCAGGAAUCCUAACUAAAGCAUCCAUAUUCUAUGUAUUUUGUGGGCUGUUUGGCUACAGCAUUACCAGUGGAUAAAGAAAUAGCUCAAUCUGUGGAAAUUACCUUUGCCUAGCAAUCAAAUGGUCACAAUUAGAUUUUUAAGCACACUUGGCAGGAGGUAUGUGGGUGUUUCUAAUGCCACCCUUGGCUGGAUAUUAUGAUUGUAGUUUACCUGGGAGUUUCUUCUGUGUAACAUUUCUAUUGAAAUGCAUGGAAGCUUCAGAAAGACAGAAACUUUUAAUGUAACAAUGCCUAGGACACCAGUAGGUUUUGUACAAUUGCUCUUUUGUACAACUCACAUUCAUUUCAAGUUGCUGGUAUCCUUACUUUGUUGCCGUAGUCUAGCAAGGAUAGUGUUUUAAUAAUAGGCUCCUCCAUAUGUGGAUCAUCUUUGCAAGAGUAAGACUAAAGAGUGGAAAUUCCAAAUCAACACCCCAUUGUGUGUGUAUAGUGGAACACAGGGGAAGGAAUGUAGCUCAGUGCUUAAGCAUCAGCUUUGCAUAUGGAACAUCCCAAGGAAGAGAUCCCUCUAUGAAGUCCUGGAGAGCCGCUGUCCAUCAGUUUCAGCAGUUCUGAGCUAGACGAACCAAGGGUAGAGCUAGAUGGACCAAGUAUAAGGCAGCUUCCUAUUGUCCUACUAAGGGACAAAUAGCAGUCAGCCAGCGCCAGUCAAGAAGCUCGCAGAGUGGUCAUUAGACAAGUCACAAUCUCUUAGCUUUGCUUUUGUCACAUGGGUUAUUGUGAACUUAAAAUACAAUUUCUCUUUUGGGUUAUCUGAGCUUUAUGGAAGAGAAAUGCAAUACAAAUAUGGUGAAUAAACAAAUCAGAGGUAGCAGCACUAGUCAUCUUUGGUAAAGGUGAUGCUCGUAUGCAUCAGCAUGCAGCGGAUUGCUACUGUAAACAAGGAAAGGUAACUGAAUGGUUUCAUAGAAUCUUAGAGUUGGAAGGGACCCAAGGGUCAUCUAGUCCAACCCCCUGCAAUGCAGGAAUUUCAGCUAAAGCAUCCAUGACAGAUGGCCAUCCAACCUCUGCUUAAAAACCUCCAAGGAAUGAGAGUCCACCACCUCUCGUGGAAGCCUGUUCCACUGCCAAAGAGCUCUUAUUGUCAGAAAGUUUUCUGAAUGUUGGUUGGAAACUCCUUUCUUGUAACUUGAAGCCAUUGCCUCGAGUCCUACCCUCAAGAGCAGGAGAAAACAAGCAUGCUACCUUUUCCAUGUGACAGCCCUUAAGAUAUCUGAAGAUUUGAUUGAUGUAGUUUAAACCAUAGGACUGUAACAUGCAUGUUUGUGAUAUAGCAUGUGAUUUUUGUGUGUUUGACAAUUCACUACUGCCUUUCAUCUCAGUGACAGACAAAUGCUGUGUUGUGUUUUUCAUAUGUUUUGAGAAGCAUAGCUUGGCAAAAUUUCUAGGAUUUAAUCUACAGCAUGUAUUGUUGAAUUAACCAGUUCAACAGGAUGUUGUUCCACAGAACAGGGUCAGCCACACUGCAUUGCAUUUUUCCAGAUGUUUGUCUUAGUUGUUUAUAAUGAUUUAACUUGUUUUAAUUGAUGGUGAUUCUUUAGUUUCUAUUGUUUGUUUUAUUAUUAUUUUCAUUAUCUUGUAAUGCCACAUGUGAAUUGGAUUCUUGCCUUUUGCUAAUUUGUUUUCCUAUUGUUGUUGUCUUUUGGAUUGAUAGGAUGGCAGCAUGAUUUUUGCUGUUGCACAUUUUGCCAUUUCUGCGGUCUCUAAACUGCCUUAAAUACAGUGAUGUAGAAAGGUGGUGGUAUACAAAUUGAAAAUGAAAUGCAGGGAGAACUCCCCUUCAAGUUACUGUGCCUGCAAAAAUCCUACUCUGACCAUUGCAACAGUUGUGUGGUCAAGUUGACAGCAUGUAUAUGAUUACUGAAGGAACUGAAGUAAAAUAAAAAACAGAAGGUCCUCCCUCCUAGCCUACGUAAGGAAAUCAGAAUGUUUGCAGUUCAGAGGUGCUAUUGCUGCAGGAGUCCAAGUUAAUGACACAGGCAUCUCUUAAUGACACUAGUAUCUCUUAAAUGCCACAAAAUGUAUUUGCAGCUUAAAUUAUUUUACGGAAACUAAAUCUAGAUUCCUUAAUAUAAUAAAGAGCAGUAGUCAACUAAGUCCUACUCAGAGUAGACCUAUUGACAUCAAUUAACCUAGGUUAAUCAUCCCCGUUAACUUCAGCAGGUUUACUUAGAGGAGGACUAGUGUUGAAUACCGCCCAAUAAUUUCUCCUGCAUAUAAGUCAUUGCUUUUAUUCCCUCUUCAAGCCCCUUCUGGUUUUAGGAGAUAUUGGGGAAAGGGAUGGUGACAAUUCGACUGGCCCACCCCUCACCUCUUCCUCUGCUUGUGACCCAUCCUGUGGCCCACCUCCACCUUUGACUGCAUGGAUCCUUCCCCCCACCCUGUAUCCUGUUUCACAGCUGGCACCAAGCCCCAUAAAUCACUAGCCCCUCUCCUGGGUCCACCUCCAGCUCCCCCACCUCUGUCAUGCACUUGUCAGAGUCCUGCCAGUCCUUGACAAUUUUUAUUUAAUUGCUUUUGCAAUAAAUAUUCAUUAUAUUUUCAGCUAGAACUAAUAUGCUUUCCCUAUAUUAUCCUUUGCAUUUCCAUUAUUGCCAUUACUACCAGGUAUUUCUGAAAUGAUGCAUUUUGAGUUUUAGUGGCCCCGCCCCCUAAUUCUACAGUGGCAGAACUAUGGAGGGGGAAGUAUCCACAGCAAUAGUAUUAAUUUUUCUAUUGUUUUUCACAUUCUGCGAGCAAAUGUUUGGAGAGAGUGCCUUAAAUUGUAGCAGCAGUUUUCAUUCUCCCGGUGUGUCAAACUUAAGUAGGGUCUUGCUGAAACUGCAUUUGUAGGAAUCCUGCAUUCAGUAGUUACCAUAUCCAGGUUUGUGGUGGCAUCAGAAGCCUUGUGGCUGGAAUUUUCCUCCAAUUGGCCUCAAGUUCAUUAAGGCAGAGUUAUUCCCGGAAUGUCACCAUAAUUAAAGGGCAGAUAUCUGUAUUCAACUUUAUGACCACAUUUGUGGUAGUGGGUUUCAUUUUGACUGUGUUUGCUCAGGAUUUAGUUGGAACCACAUUUUGGUUGUUGUGGUUGUUGUUCCAAUACAAUUGUUAACUUGGUACAUUAAAGGUAGGAAGCUGUUGAUUUUGCCAGUGAGUGUUGUUUUGAAUGUUCGUUGUGCUUCACUUGGAGCUGGCUUGUUUUCACUAGUCAUAGCUAAGAUUAACCACAGUUUAUGGUUUGAAUGACACACUACAACAGAAGCAGAAGCUUCCAGUCUCCUUGCUGUUGUGCCAGAGAAGGAAUGGGGAGGAGCAUAGUGUGAGUUGGAAGGAAGGCUGGGCUCACCCUCUAAUGCCAAACCAAAAGUGUGUGUACAUACAUGUGCAGAGACAUAUACAUGCUUAUGCCAGAUGAAGAUAAUGUUGAAUGCACCUGCAGAAGGGGGUGGAUGGAAGCUAGAAAUGGAUUGAUCACCAUUUCCUAUCCAUGCCAGUUUUGAAUGUGUUCAUUUAUAGGUCUGUUUUGUUCCACUUCCACAUUAAUCUGCAACUUUAUUUUUAAAGCUUGGCACAGAAAUUGGUAGUUUAAAUACAUAAAUUGGAACACAUUUUCUAACAAACUAUGCCAUUCUAAAUGUAUUUUCUCUUACUGUACACCAGGGUUUUCCAAACUUGGGUCUACAGCUGUUGUUGGACUACAACUCCCAUCACCCCUAGCUAGCAGGACCAGUGGUGAGGGAUGAUGGGAACUGUAGUCCAAAAAGAGUUGGAAACCAAAGUUUGGGAAACCCUGGUGUAUACAUUAUGAAACAUAUUGAAUAUUAAAAUACACAUUUUGGGAUUUCUUUGAGUUAAGAAGUACCAAAUCUGAAGGAUAAUGUCAGGGUGGGUGUCAGAAGCAAGUCAGCAAUAACUCACAAGGUGUCAGUGAAGUUAAUUUUUUAUUCAAAGAAACAAAACAGCUCAGGCCUAGUGAGCACAGCAACUCUUUCCAGAAGAUCUUACCCCAAUGAAGCAGUUGUGAGCACAGAAGGUUUCCACCUUCCCACAGCAAUCUAAGCUCCUGUUCUCCUGGGUCCUUCCCAAGCAAUCUGAGACUCUGACUUCUUGUCAGUCUCUGCUUUGCUCUCUUCAUACCUUUGUGGGUUCUGGGAAACCAGGGGAAGGGAAACUGGCCACAGCAGGAGACGGAGACCCCCUGGAUUCUUCAGCAGCCUGCCUAAUCUCUGCCUCUUGGGCCCCUCUCCACUUCUCCAGCCUCCACUUCUGCCUCUGAUUCUGGACUGCUCUGUGCCACAACCUCUUCCUGCUCACUAAACCUUGCUCUCUCUUCAGCUUCCGACACCUCCUCCUCCCAGUCUGCUCCCUCAUCUCCCUCUGACCACUCAUUGUUGUCCUACCACCACUCCCUGGGCUCUGAGCCUUCUCCCCCUGGGCGUUCCUCCUAUCGCUCCUCUGCAUCCAGCCAGUCCAUGACAGAUAACUGUAUUCCAAUCUGCACAUUAAUCCAGGAGGUGCAGAUCAAAUAAUUACUUUGAAAUGCAGACCAAACAAAAUUCCUGAGCAUUCCUAGCAGAAGAUGACUUUCCUGCUCUCCUCAGCAGCUUCAUGUGUCCUCUUUCUUAGAGAAGGCCCUUUUGUCCAUUUUUUUCACAAACUUCCCUUUUCCCUCAGCCCACCACCACAGCCCACACCAUUUAGCAUGGUCCCCAGUCCUUAUGGUGACCCUUCAGAUUAAACUCCCUUCAGAUUAAACUUCCUUUAGAUACCAGCACACUGGUAUCUAAAGGAAAAGAAACUGAAUAAGUUCAAAAGUCAUUUUCAGUAAAUAUGUAUGCUGGAAUUGUAGUACUAAAAUUGAUUCUGGUAGGGGAAUGUCCCAACAGAAUAUUGUUAAAUUAGGUGCAGUGAUGAGCAUCUGCGUUGCAUUUGAUUGACAGGCAGUUCUACAAUUUUUUAUGACAGGCAUGCUUUCUACAAUAAGUUAUUUGAUUUAAGAGGAGUUGAAAAUCUGUAGUGAAGCAUCACCCAUGUUCUUCAAUAUAGCGCCAUGCCCAUUUAUUUGGAAGUUUAAGAACAUAUUCUUAUAAACAUUGUAUGCCCAGUUGUAUGCCCAGUUACUUACAGGAUGCUAGCUGGAGCCUUGUGAAAUGUUUUGCUGCUGUCAAAUACAAAUGCUUGUGUGAGUCUUUAAAUAUAUAUGAACAAACAAACAAACAAACAAACAAACACGAAUCCUCUGGAUUUCUUUGUCAUUUUAAAAAUUAAUGAUAGACUCUCAGUGAGAUAACAGAACCAAUGGAGAGUGACAGAAGAAUAUCCGCAAAACACUCUUUAUUCACUAUCAUAACAAGAAGAUCAGAUGUUUCAGUAAUAUCAGUCAGAAUGUACUUUGGACUGAUAAGUUAUUUAAAAUUGUUCUAAUGGAUACUCAAAGAUUUUUUGAAAAGCCGUUACAGAGAAAAGUGCAUCCUGGAAGGGCUAUAAAGAUUUAUUCACAGUGAAUGUUUCCCUCUUAGUAAUGCAAUUGCAGACAUCAUAAGGAGCCGUGCUGAUUGGACGGAGGCAUGUGCUAGAUUGGCCCUGUAAGUGCCUUUGCUCUGAAAAUAGCAGCCAUCGCUAUUAAUACUUAGUAAGGCUUCCCAGAUGAAUUAACAUGUAGCGGUUUGUAGCUAAGGAAUUAAUUUGCUUUUUGUAUGAAUAUUUAACUUUUAAAAAUGCUGAUGUAAUAUAUGAGGGGCAUUUACCAAGAUCUAUUACAGCUUUCUUUUAAAAAAAACAACCACCAAAAAAUGCUUUUCAAAUUAAGUAUGGCAGUAGAGAUGAAAAAGACUCAGGAUGAAAUUCACACUUACGAUCCAGUACUUCCAUAUCCUGUUGAUUUUAACUUGGAUAGUUAUAUGCAUACUUAAACCUCGCCCACUGAGAUGAGUGGGAUUUUGGCUUGAUUGUGCUAAUUUUUCUUAAUUUUUUACUUUUACUAUAUUGAGCACUGGAAGGUGAAAUACAGUUUUCUCACAGGCCAAACUUACAAUGCUUUGAAAAUACGAUUAUGGGUUCCUAAAGCAUUUUAAUUAAAUUUUAAUAUAUUAAAUACAAAAUAUAUAGAACAUUUAUCAAUGUGUUAUUAUUACACUGACUGUAAGAGUUAGUUUCCAUUCAUCCUUCGACACAUUGUGAAAAUUAAUGCUGGAAGAUACUUAUUGUAGCUGGUAUAUUAGCCAUACAACUUACACAUAGUCUACCAACGUAAAGAGAGCUGAUAUACUGUAUCUCUAGGCUUACGUGUGUGAUUUGUUUUGAACCGUUUCCUAACAACGCAGCCAUUUUGCUUGUGAUCAAAUUAGUAUCUGGGUCUUAGGCUUUGAAAGACAAAUGCAUUAAUCCACUGAACCACUCGGUCACUCCGUCAGUGCUAAUCAGGAAAAGGCAUAGGCAAUUGUCAAAUGAAGCAAAUAUAUGCAUUUGACAUCGGAAGCUGCUAAUUUAUUAGUAUAUUGUAGCUGUGUGAUCUUUUACAAAUGCUCAUAUGUCAUCCAGCCAGUCUUGUAAAAUUUAUAGUCAUGUAUUCUGUCCAUUCAGCAGAGCAGAAAAAAAAGAUGUAAGAGUAAUUCUGAUUUUAUCUCCUAUAAUUUAGGUUAAGAACAAAUUUACUGGGCUGGCAAGACAUGAAACAAAGAGACAGAUGCACAUAACACAAUAGCUUUUUGUAAACUUUGCUCAUGUGUUUCAACCCACAAAUGAAAAUGCAGUGUUUUUCCCAAAUCUGUUUUGUUAUAGAACAUAUGAUUAGGAAAAACAAUUAUCAGCUAAUUUACAAUUGUACUUGUAUGACUUGUAAGAGUUGUAAGAAAAGCUGGAAACAAUUUGUGCCUUAAAUAAAGCUUCCAUAUUGCAGUCCACCAAAUGUGGGCACCCUCAUUUGCAACCCCCUCCUCUCCUGAUUUCUCACUUGAAUUCACCCCUUUCAAAGGUGCUUUAUAAGAAAGAAACAUUGUUGACAUUUCUUAGGUACUUUGCAUGUAAGUAUAUAUUUGAACCCUCAAAGGCUACAUAAAAAUUAAGACAAUUAUAUGUCAGAAGUCUACAAUCCUGUACACAUUUUCCUGAGAGUAAGCCUUAUUGUACAGAGUAGGCUUUACUUCUUAGUAAAUAUGUACAGGACUAUUUUUUGUUAAUAAAGGAACUCUCAACUCAUUUUCAGUGGCUGCAGCAGCAUUCAUAACCACUCCUUUCUUUUCUCAUGCAUAGAAAUUGCUUAAUAUAUAUCUCACUGUAUGUAGUUCGGUGCUUCCCUUUUUGUAGUGUUAACACUUUUAGGUAGCAUUUUUUUUAAAAAAUGCCACUGUAAAAAUAAGUAAAGCUGCAAUCCAACCCCAUUUACCUGGGAGUGAGUCCAUUGAAUUCAGGACACUGUAUAGACAUUGUUAGGAUUGUACUCUAACUUACUAAAUUUUAUGCAAACUAUCCUAAGGCCCUUUCAGAACAUAUUAUUCUUCAUUGGACACUUUUAAGAUCAAAAUAUGAACUAAAAUAGAGACCCAUAAAUGGGGGUCUUUCCUUGCCCUUUUGGGAGGGAAGACAACUAGGUUCUUUUAACACCAAUUGAAGACUUGGAAAAAAUGUGAAAUUUUACAUUAAUAGGACUUUUUCCUAUGAUGCAGUGACAUGAUCUGCUAGAGGAUACUAGGCAGGGGUGAAGCAAAGGUCGCCAUUAAUAAGCAUCAUGCCUAGGAAGGUGCAAUAGCAGUCCUGUGUGAUACAAGGGCUCAGACCCAGACAUUUAGACUAUUGUCAGUUUCUCCAAUUUAAUCUGUUGCAUCCCUAAUCUGUGUGAUGGAAAUAAAACAGAUUAUCACAAUAGUAGGCGAAAGGGAGGCAUUGUUUAGUUUCAGUGUUGACUUGAUACGCUCACAUGACACCUUGUGGAAGCAAAACUGAAAUCUGUAUGUGGCUGUAAGGCAUCGUCAUGUAUCUGAACACGGGAUUUGUUCAUUCUUGUUUUAUGGGGCAUCCAUAAGAUGUUGUCCUCCUGUGUUUUUCACUGCGCUUCUUCUGACUUUUGUGAGAUUGUGGAAAAUCUGUCUUGAAAAGGAAAAGAAAGGAACAAUAACAUAACACCUGUAUAGAUAGAUAGAUAAUUCAUAACACCAUCCCUAAGUCCUUUCUUAGGGUGCUUUCAAAUAGGGGCUUUAUAUUGCAGGUCAUUGAGAUAUUAAAAAAAUGUGUUGUUGCAGCAUGUCAGAUUUUCCUGGGAAAGGGGAAAUCCUGAUUAAAUGGGGUAGGAUUGAAUAUGGGCUGGUGUUUUAAUGCGGAUGAUGUCAUGUGGCUGCUGCAAUGAAUUUGCAUACAUAAGGAACACCUGCCCCACAAUAAAUACCUGCCUUGAAGCACCUUUAGAGUCUCGUUUUUGUUGUAUUCAGUGAUACAUCAGGCAGAUUAACCCAUCACCACUCCUUUCCAACCCAGGGACAUUUUGUCACCCAUUUUGGAUGGCAUUUAUGGUUAAUCUUUUACAAAGUGCUAAACAAAAAAUAGGCAUUUGGUAUCAAAGGUGAAACUGACCUUUAAGACUUUAGUCUUAAAAUGCUUAUAUGGGGUUAUGUCCCACUUGGGAAAUAAAAUGGAACCUGCUUCUGAGUAAACAUAUAUUGGGUUGCACUUCCAUAGGGACUGCCAUUUUUCACCAUCCUUCUCCCCAAUUAUUCUCUGCUAUUUCUUAUGGCUUUUUGCUGCCGUAUGCAGUCUAAAGGACUUAUACUACUAAGACUGCACAUCGAGCUCUCAUUUCUUCUCGAAACUUAUUUUUUCUAGUUGUUUUUUGUUUGUUUUUAUUUAACAAAAUUUAUAUACUGCUUGAUUGUAAAGAACCUCUGAGUGGUUUCCAGAAAAAAGUAAAACCUUAAAAUUAUCAGUAAAAACAGCUAACAACAGAUAUUUGAAAACAUUCAAAAGAUAGUUAAAAUCAACAGUAAAACUAAGAAGAGAUUAAGGCACAUGUCAGCAUUCCAUGUGUCCGGAUAGGCUUGCCUAAGCAAAAAUAUGUGUUUAUAUUUUUGAUAUAUUUUGUUGAUAUAGUAAGGGCGCCUACCUGUUGUGAAUAAGCAAAGGAGAUCUUACCUUUCGUCCAUCAUGGGAUCAAAAAAAGGGGGGAAUUUUUAUGUAUGAAGAGAGAAUGAGGCAAGGCCACAAGGCGGUGCUCCAACAGGCAGUGAAGCCUAUACAGUGGUACCUCGGGUUAAGUACUUAAUUCGUUCCGGAGGUCCGUUCUUAACCUGAAACUGUGCUUAACUUGAAGCACCACUUUAGCUAAUGGGACCUCCUGCUGCCGCUGCGCCACCGGAGCCCGAUUUCUGUCCUUAUCCUGAAGCAAAGUUCUUAACCUGAAGCACUGUUUCUGGGUUAGCGGAGUGUGUAACCUGAAGCGUAUGUAACCCAAGGUACCACUGUAUUUAUCUGCCUCUGGAGAGAAAAGGAAUAAAGCAGAAAGACUUUGAGCCACAGUAAAGGAGGUGGUUGGUUGAACCUCACUUCAGGAUCCUUAGGACUGAUUUAAAUAAUGAAAACAGUUUGUGAUGUUCCUGUGGAGAGGUUGCAGCCAUGCCGAGAACAGGACUCAGAAGAAUGGUAGAGGAAUGUGCUUAGCCUAGCAGCAAUGGUCUCAGUAGAAAGUAUCUGCAAUGUAUCCCACAGGGAAGGUUGCUUAUUUUAUGAGGAAACCUUGCAACAGAUCUGCCUUAAUAACAUAAAGCAGCAAUCGCAACUAGGACUUGCUACAUAGUUUCCAGUUAGUUCUUACAGAGUUUUAUGGCGAACCACACCCAAGGAGGGGAUUUUCUGUUACUGAUCAAGCUUAUCUUUUUCUUAGAGACUGGCCAUGCACAAUACAUACAGUACCUCUUGAUAAGAUUUUUGUGAUACAUUUCUUACAAGCGCAGAGUUAACAGCACUAUGAUUGCAACAACAAAAAUUUGAAUAUUAAUAUAAAACAGGGCAGGAAUCUACUCAAUUUACUCUCUAAAACUAAAAGUGAUGCAAGAUAACAGCCAAUAAAUUUAGAAAAAAAGUUCUAUUGCAAGAAACAAAGCAAAAAAGGGGGGAAGGGUGUUAUACAUUUGGAAAAGUAUUGGCAGGUUUCUCAAAGUUCUCACUAUAGCCUUUUGCCUCUGUUGUUUCAAUGUUUCUCUACAGUUUAUCCUGUACUGCCAUAAAUUUGUCAGUCUUUGUCAAGGAUGGCUAACCCUUUACUGGACUGAGGGGCACAUUUAGUCUUGGACAAUCCUCUGGGGGCACAUCACAAUAGCAAAGGUAGGGCCAAAAGCAGAUGGAGCAGCUAUACACGUAGGGUGGGAUUUGAUGAGUCCCAUCAAGGGAAGCCUGUACAAGGACUUCUGCUUGCACAGUGAGGCUUCCCCGGCUCUCCUCUCUCCACGUGUCCCCCAAACUCCUGCAAUUGGCUCUUUUGUGAAAUAAAGUGGUCUACUAAGUGCAUCCCCAAUGGAAUUAAAUACCAGCAUCUAAGGACCUAGACUUUUACCUUAAUUCCUAAUACAGUGGUACCUCGGGUUAAGAACUUAAUUCGUUCUGGAGGUCCGUUCUUAACCUGAAACUGUUCUUAACCUGAAGCACCACUUUAGCUAAUAGGGCCUCCCACUGCCGCCACGCGAUUUCUGUUCUCAUCCUGAAGCAAAGUUCUUAACCCGAGGUACUAUUUCUGGGUUUGCGGAGUCUGUAACCUGAUGCUUCUGUAACCUGAAGUGUCUGUAACCUGAGGUACCACUGUAGAUUAUAUCUGGGAUCUGCUUCUCCCCCCUCCAGAAUGUAAAUAGGAUUUUUCAGUUCAUUUCCUCAUGGGAGGGAUGUUUUAAACUUGUACUGAAAGAGGAAAAUGGGUGAUAACAUUUGUUCUAUGAUUUCUAAGAGUGGAUUCUAUGAGAUAAUUCACUACUGGGGAUGCAAGAAAGCAGCAGUUUCCCAUUCUGACCUGUAUUUGUCAAAGUCAGCAUUUUUUCUAUUCCACUACAGUUUGUUUCUUCCAACUACUAGGUUGUUCAUCUCGUUGUUUGCUAUUUAACGUAAGUUUCAUAAUUUACGUAAACUUUUGUGUAAUUUACAUUCAUUUCAAUAAAAAGGAAAUGCCAAAACAAAAUUUAAAUAGUUAUUCAUCACAUACCAUUUCAAAAAUCCACAAGAAUGUGUGUGACCACAGAUGAACAUGCAAACUGCAGCCAUUUUUUCAAUCCCCCCCCCCAUUUUUUGUCAGAAUGCUCUGACAUCCCUAGUGAUACCAAUCCUAUAUUUUUCAGUCUUUUGGGUGGUAUUCACUUACCAAUGGUCCUUCAUAGUUAUUUUGUUCCAUUUGCACCAGAGAAUGUUUAGGGUUUUGUAUUAAGUGAUCCAAUUCAUAGGCAUAAGGUAGAAUCCCCAAAAUCUUCAAAUUCUCUUUUUUUAUAUCUAUAAAGUGUUUUAUUGCUUUUUCACAUAUACAGUGGUACCUCGGGUUAAGUACUUAAUUUGUUCCGGAGGUCUGUUCUUAACCUGAAACUGUUCUUAACCUGAAGCACCACUUUAGCUAAUGGGGCCUCCUGCUGCCGCCACGCCACCAGAGCAUGAUUUCUGUUCUCAUCCUGAAGCGAAGUUCUUAACCUGAAGCACUAUUUCUGCGUUAACAGAGUCUGUAACCUGAAGCGUAUGUAACCUGAGGUACCACUGUAAUAAACAUAAUUUAAAAUAGCUUUUUUUAAAAGUCUUGAUAUGUUUCUAUGCUAGAUAUAAUCAUUGCAAUCAAACUUUUAAAAGGUGUUGGAUAUAGUAGCUGAUAUGAUAUGGAACAGAAAUAUGAAAUUAUGUAGUGCUAUCAUUUUUACAGCUGUGGUUCUGCUGGACCAGAACAAUUUGUAAGUUUCUGGUUCUUCUUAAGUCAUUUUGGCUCAUUGUCUGGGAUAAUGAUGGAACACUUCCUUGUAAUGUGGGUUUUUCAAAGCUUUAUAUCCACUGAAUAUUAAUUUAUCUUUGUUUUGUUUCUUCGUCCGCCUGUCCGCCCCCGACAGUCGUAUUUAAAACUUGGAAUUAACUUGGAAUUUGUACACUUUGCUGGGUGUUGCCUCUUGGUCUUGCAUGUCUAAAUAUCCCCACACUUAAGCUUAACUGGUCUGACAAGGGCUUGAAAAUCAGAAAUUUGUUAAGGAAUCUCCCAAGUCUGUUUGUGUGAGGAGAAGGGUGAGCCAUCUGUUGCUCUUUGCACUUCACGUUAUGAUCUUUGUGUGCAAAGAGCUUCAACCUUGUCUAAUGGGACAAGAGAGAUAGGCAUUCAAAAAGAGGAGCACAGUACAGCACUGUGAACUGUGAAUGCACAUUGUCCUCUCUUUAAAAAAAAAAGAAUAUGUUUGUGUGUCAGUAGCAUAGCUUUGAAUCAAACACUGCUAUGCUUCAGACACUGUGGGACCUCUUGGCCACAGCCACAUUUUCCUCUCUUUACUCAUGUAGGGGACUGAAGAGCCCUGCAGACACUUGUCUGAGGCAGGAGGAGGUUGUCCUGCUCAGCAGUAGGAAGUGGAAGGAGGUAGCAGAGGCAGCACAUGGAGCAGUCUAGCAAGGCACCUCCUCUCCUGUGGUCUGGCAAAAAGUAUUGUUGCAUAUACCCCAAUCCCUGGCAGUGGCAGAUUCAUGGGAGGCAGCACACACCUCAGGUUUGGUUUCCUUGGAAUGAUGGUCUCUGAAGAUGGUGGUGUCUUUGUGCAAUAUGUUUUUAUUUAUUUCUACAUAUUUGUAUCAAGGGGACACGGGUGGUGCUGUGGUCUAAACCACAGAGCCUAGGGCUUGCUGAUCAGAAGGUCAGCGGUUCGAAUCCCCGUGACGGGGUGAGCACCCAUUGUUUGGUCCCAGCUCCUGCCCAUCUAGCAGUUCGAAAGCACGUCAAGUGCAAGUAGAUAAAUAGGUACCAAUCCGGUGGGAAGGUAGACGGCGUUUCCAUGCGCUGCUCUGGUUCGCCAGAAUCGGCUUAGUCAUGCUGGCCACGUGAUCCGGAAGCUGUCUGCAGACAAACACCAGCUCCCUCGGCCUAUAGAGCAAGAUGAGCACGCAACCCCAGAGUCGUCCGCAACUGGACCUAACGGUCAGGGGUACCUUCACCUUUUUUUACAUAUUUGUAUCAUGCUGUAAUGACAGUCUUUACUGCUAGGGGGCACAUGAGGCACAUGAACUGAGCCAAAACUUGGAAUCUGACUUGCAGGAAUUCACCUCAGAGCCCAAAUGGGUCUCCUUAGGAGAAGAACGGGAAAGGGGAGGUGCUGUCAUUUACCUGCUGAGGGGACUCUUCUCCCUCCCUCCCUUACUCCCUGGCACCAAGGGAGGUUUUCUUGGCAGGGGAGAGAGAGAGAAAGAAAAAACAAAAGAGAAAAAGGGAGAGGAGAAAUUUUGUUGUCCUUUUGCAGGGGGAGAGGGUGGUCUUGGGGUUGAGGGGGAGAUGCGUCAUUGUCCUUUUGGCGGGAAGCUGAGGAUGGGGGAGACGGUAUGUGGAAGUUGGAGGGAGAUGUGGUGACUCUUUUAUAGGUUCAGAAGCUGAGGAAUGAAGAACAUACUGUGGUCUUGGAGAGGGAAACAGAAAUGGAGAAGGGAGAUGGACCUGAGGGGAAACUAAGGCAGACGAAUGGGGGAUAUUGUGGUUGUGGAUAGGGAAACUGAGGCAAGAAGAAAGGGUUGGUGAGUAGAGUGUGCAGGGGGGGCACCCUGUAUUACACAUAUAUAUUCAAGCCGAGCAUCAGAUGGAAAAGCCCACUACAUUAACGCUCCCACAGAUCUUGCUCCACCAUUGGGGGCCCUCCAAAGCCAUGGCUUUGAAUUCAGCGCAGAGAUCAAGCCAAGCCUCUGUGUCUCUUCCCAGCCCAUUUCAAGACAGGUCUGGUCUGUUGUUCUCUUGGUGAGACACUUGCUGAUGAUGCCACCCACUGCUGAUGUAGGGGGCAAGGCAUGCCCUCCUUAGUCCACCUUCUGGAAGCUUCUUCAACUGGUAGUUUCUGGGUGGCAACCAAUCACAAACCUACUUAACAGACUUGGCUGGAUACCUUCACUUGACAAAGAGACUGGUUUCGCUACUUCAGCAGCCUCUUUUACUAUUAUUACUAUUAUUAAACAUAAUCCCGUUUUACAAGCUGUAAACAACCAAAGUUAACAUCUAGACCAGCCUUCCAGCCAUAACACUAUUCACCUGCCCCCUCAACUGCCGCCUCUUGCCUGUUAAUGCUGGGGCGAGUGGAAUGUCUCCUCUCAUCUCAGGCAGGUAACACUGGGGCAAUUUAUUCUGCAACAGGAGGAAGGAGUGGAGGAGUUAGCAGUGCUCUGUCUUACUGCUUUUCAGUUUGAUUGCUGUACUACAAACAUAUGCCUGUUCAAAAGCACAUUCUGUGUGCAUUAGCAGUCCUUAUUUCAAUAUGGAUCUAUCCAAGCUUUUGCAAGACAGAUCUGGAUGAAAUCUUGAAUUGUCCUGUUCCUGACCAUUUUACCAUUCUAACUCGCAACCUAUCUCUCUCUCUUUCAUGUUCACUAUAAAUUUACAUCGCUGAAUUUGUGUACACAAAAUUAAAAUAUGUUAAUAUUAAAAAUUUUAGGCCACCUUAGAACCCUUAACAGAAAAAAGUACAGUGGUACCUCAGGUUAAGUACUUAAUUCGUUCCAGAGGUCUGUUCUUAACCUGAAACUGUUCUUAAGCUGAAGCACCACUUUAGCUAAUGGGGCCUCCCGCUGCUGCUGCGCUGCCGGAGCACAAUUUCUUUUCUCAUCCUGAAGCAAAGUUCUUAACCCAAGGUAAUGUUUCUGGGUUAGCGGAGUCAGAUUAGCGGAGUAACCUGAAGCGUAUGUAACGUGAAGCGUAUGUAACCCGAGGUACCACUGUAUAUAAAUUAGGGAGGUAAGAAGGCACCGCUUUCCAUUCUGCCCCAGAUCCCCACAUGCAGCACUGCCUCUGUUCCGCUGCAGUUCGUCUUCCACACAAACUGCACUAUUUGUUUCAUUGUUCACCAUAGCAAUAUUAUGUCAUCUGUGUCAUAACGUUAUUCCACCCCAUUCAUUUUAGUGUGAAGGAAACACAAUGCAAAUGGAGAGAAAACAUGAUCAAUAAUGUAUUGCUUGCAGGCUAAAAGCAACCAUGCCAGUUGUUCACUGGACUGAGUUCCAUUUUGGACACAGGCUAAAUAAACAAUCACUAGCAAUUUCUGCUCCCGUUUUUGUUUUUGUCAGAAAUGUCCAUGAUCCCUAAUAUAAAUAAAAUAAAGAAAGGAAAGGCGCUCAUUUAUUUGCUUGCAGAAGCCAAUAAAAUAAAAUAAAACCCAAGCUUCGCUGCAAGGUCUCCAUGGCAUUCUGAAUGCCUGUACUUUUUUUUAUUUUUUAUUUGCAUAGUGCAUCAAUUUUAUUGCACUUGACACAGGUGCAAUUACAGAACUUUAACUAUUUAACUCAAGCAUCACUCUGAGAAGGCAGAAGCAGAUGCAUAUCAGAAAUAGGUGAAUACUAACUCAUUCGGGCCCCAAGGGACUGCUGGAGCAGACAUACUCUUGUUGCUUCCAUUGCUUUGCAUUUCUGUGGCCCGGGGGGUGGGGUGGGGUGUAUUGAUAUCCUUUUGUUUUUCCUUUCAUUUUAUUAUGUAUUUUGUUUUCUCAUUUUGUAUUUUCCUGCUGUGAACUGCUCUGGGAUCUUUGGAUGAAGGGCGGUAUGCAAAUUUAAUAAAUAAUAAUAGUAUUUUAUGUCAUUUUGUGCUGCUUGGGUUCCCACCCAUGCCCACCCCACCUCUCAGCACUGCCUCAUUAAAGCAGCUGUUUCUUUAUCCCUACUGGAUGCAGUCAGCAUGAAUGUCCCUUUCUUUACUUUUAGUUUCAGAGUUAUUAACAAAUUUUGUCAUUUUUAUAGCAAGUCCAAUGCCCAAGCGUUGUUCCACAUCAGUUUUCUGUUUGUUCUUUUCAGCUGUUUUUCAUGUUUCCCCAUAGAUUCCUCUCUUCUAUGAAAAGCCCAAUGGACCAUAGGUUGGGGGUGGAGAUGGGGAAAGCAAUGCACAUCGUUUGUGCUUUGAAUUAGUCAAUUACUUGUACUCAGUGUUGUUUUUUCAGGGGUUACACUUUCUAGGAAAAAAGCGCUGCUUGUACUGCAGACAGCUAGGGUAUUUGGUGUUUAUGUUUGCUUGUUUUUCAUAAAAUAAACACACACACAUAUAUAUAUGGCAAUCAGAUAAGAAACAGCUAUUAGUUCACAACUGAGAUAUCUCUAGAGUUACUAUACAGUGGUACCUUGGUUCUUGAACUUAAUCCAUUCGACUCCCGAAACCGUUAGCAAACCAAGACGUGGCUUCCCCUUGAGCGCAGGAAGCUCCUGCAGCCAAUCGGAAGCUGCGUUUUGGUUUGCUAACGAUUUCGGGAGUCGAACGGACUCCCGGAAUGGAUUAAGUUCAAGAAUGUUCAGCUUCCAAAAAACGUUCACAAACCAGAACACUCACUUGCGGGUUUGUGGCGUUCAGGAGCCAAUUUGUUCAGUAGCUAAGUCAUUUGAGAACCAAGGUAUGACUGUACAUACUUUUAGAAGGCACUGCCUGCCUUCAGCUAUCUGGGGCUGAUUCAGUUUGAAUGAUGCCUGCCCCUUCAUCUGUCCUAGGGGCAUGGUGGGGAGCGAGUAUGCGCCUCCCCCCCCCCCACAGCCCCAGUGAGACUGUCCCAGUUCCCAUGAGGGGAUUGCAUACUUGACAGGAGCAACAUGCAUAAAUUCUAAUGUGCAAGGGCCUCAAUCAUGUGGUGGAUUGACAUAUUGGAUUUUAUACACCUACGUCUCAUUUAAAUGUUCUUACAGAUACUGUACUGAUAAAACAUUUUUAAAAGGCUACAGAUACCACAGCUAUAUUAAAAAACAACUAUCAGCAGAAUCAAAGUUAAGAAAUAAGAUGUGAAAGGUAACUGCCCACCACUACCCUGUGAGCAGCCAAGGAUUUCAGAGGAGGGAUCUGUGGGUGAAGAAGGAAGGCACACUCUUGCUUCCUACCAUGUGUGUGACCCAUGUUGUGAAAAUAUACUUUACGCUGACUAGCACUGAUUCUAAAUAUCAAGUAUUCUUACUGUUUAUUUUGACUGUGGGAAGCACAAGGCUGAUGUUAUCCAGCUGGAACUUUAAAGAAUGUAAUUUACUUUACAACUGGUAAUAGAAACAGAAAGUGUUUUAACGACUUGUUUGGCUUACUUGUAUAUAGGCACAUUUUUAUCAUAAUGUUAUACAAGGUGUAACACUUUGAGCCUGCAGUUAUACCAAUGAAUCUUAUUUAACUGAAAGCUUUUUGCAAAUUUAAAUGAGAAAGCAUGUUCUCAAUAAUUUCUUGUCUGUUUUUUCCUAGACAAACGCGUUGAUGACUGGCCCUUGAUGCAGUCUCCAUUUCCCACAUUGGCUAUAAGUACUCUUUACCUCCUCACUGUUUGGCUUGGUCCCAAAUGGAUGAAGACAAGGGAGCCUUUCCAGUUCCGCUCAUUAUUGAUUUUUUACAACUUUGGAAUGGUUCUACUUAACUUCUAUAUUUUCAAAGAGGUACCACUCUUUUUACAUAUAUGAUUUGCUAUUUACAGUUCAGAAUUUUGUAGUGGUUUUUAUGUGUUGUGAAAAGCAAAUGUGUCUUCAGGUGUAUUUGAAUCAAACUGUUGAUUAAUGUGUUUUACUCUUCAUAAAUUCUUUAAUUUGCCACAAAAUACCUUUGGGAUCAUUACAUUGGCUUUUGUUUUUGUCUCUGUGUGUGAUUUAACACUGGAAUGAUUUGACUUUGUAUACAUUAGGUUCUGCUGAAGGUUGCAUUCAUAAAAGCUAAGAAACUGAGUGGCAAACUAUGCCACAAUGUCAAAUCAGGAGAAUAAAUAGCUCUACAAAUUCUUUAAAAAUGGCUCUCUAGGGUGUGGACAGAGCACUUAUCUCUUGUCCUCAGCAUUGAGCACAACAGUGCUAGGAUUGGGAGACGGAGCCUUGGCAGAUUGCUGGGCCGGAUUUGGGCCACUUUGAGUUUGCCUGGUAAGAAACCAUCAACCAGUGCGUAUCUCUUGAGUAGACAUGUUAUAUGCUGACAGGGUCUCAAUUAUGUCAGCAAUUGUUCUGUAGCAUUCUGCACUGACUGUAGUUUCCAGGUCAAUCACAAGGAAAGCCCUACAUAGAGUGCAUUGUGGCAAUCCAAAUUUGAAGUCACCAGUGCCUGAACUACUAUGAUCAAGCUCUCCUGGUCCAGGAAUGGACAUAGCUGUUGUACAGAGCCUCUGUUUUGCCAUGAUUCAACUUCAGCUUAUUUCCCCUCAUCCAUCCCACCAAUGUGUCUUGGCACUGGUGCAGGGCCUCUCCUGAUUCAAAUAGAGUUGAGUGUUGUCAGCCUACUUGCUAACACCUUGUCCCCAAACUCCUAAUUACUGUUCCCUGUGACUAAAAAAGGUAAAGGACCCCUGACAAUUAAGUCCAGUCGCAGACGACUCUGGGGUUGGGGCACUCAUCUCGCUUUACAGGCCGAGGGAGCCGGCGUUUGUCCGCAGACAGUUUUUCCGGGUCAUCUGGCCAGCAUAACUAAGCCGCUUCUGGCUCAAUGGAACACCGAAACCAGAGCAGCACACCGAAACGCCUGUGGCUACACUACAUAUGAAUUUGUAAUAGCAUUGGAGAUAAGAUAGUUCCAAUGCCAAUGCCAAAGCAAUCUCUCGAUGCUAUUCUCUGGACUCAGUCCCAUAGGUAAGACCAAAACCACUGUAGCACAGUGACCCCAGUUCCCAUUUCAUAGAGGUGAUCUAGGAGAAUAUCAUGGUGAAUGGUACUGAAAGCUGCAUGGUCUCUGUAAAGGGUAUCCUUCAGGGCAACCAAGGCAGACUCAGUCCUAGGUCUGAAACCAGACUUGCCUGAAUCUAAAUAAUUGUUUUAGAAAAUAUAAAGAAUGCAUUAAUAAUGAUCUAAGAUGCAGAGAGAAGAUUCGCUUUGAUUUGGAGAAUGUUGAGCACCGUAAAAGGUUGCACUUGCAGAAUAACCUUUAUAGUAGGAUAGGAGAGAUGAAAAAAAUUCUUAUCAGGCAAUCAAUGUGCCCCUUUGUUUUCAAAAUGGGAAGAUGAGUCUAAAAAGCCCUGGACACAAAUUUUCACAGCCCUUUAGUGGCUAUGGUGGCUCAUUUACCAGCAGUAAGGUAUUUAGUGUUAACUCUGGAAGUGUGUACUUAAUUCUGACCAGACUAAGCCUCCUAACAAGUGACUCCUGUGUCCCAGGCUUUUUAGACUUGUCUACCCAUGUACUAUCUAAAACCAAAGGGGCGCAUUGGUUGCCAGGUGUGAAAUAUAUUGCCAUUGUUUGCAGCUCUCCUACCCCACCAUUUAACUCUGGGGGGACUCUCCCUCUUCCUUAGACUUUCCAUCUUGCUGCUCUGCUGAGUUGAGUGCUCUGUAUGCUUGUCCUAACACCUGGUACAUGAUGGGCUGAAUUGGUGACAUACUUACUUUAAAGCAAUUUGUAACAGUUGAAAUUAACAAGACAACUUCUUUGAUAGGACUGUGAAUCCCAAUUUCAUUUCUUCUCCUCAAGAUCAUUAUUGUAAUACUGUACCUUCGGAAAAUUAAAUUGAAAUAUUUCAAUAGCUAUUAUCUUUAUUUUGGAGAUUAUCUCGAUUGGGAGAAAUUCUUCUUUAGGCUAGUUUUCAAAAGUCAGUUCUACAAAUCCUCCCCAAAACUGUAUUCAACGCUGUUGCAGUUCAACAAUGAAGCAGAGAAAUUUUGUAAAUAUAAUCCCAUCUGCUAAUAUUGGGUACAGAACCAUAAUCAAACACUUCAUCCUUCCAACAGAAAAGCCAAAUGGUUUUAUGGUCCAGCAAAGUUAAGAUUAUACCCGGCCCUGUAUGGGAGCACUCUAAAUUAUGCGCAGUCUAUAAGCCACUUGUGAAAGUUUUAUUGAAGCAAACUUGAAUUGGAGAUAUUAAAUAGCUAGCCAAAAAUGGAAGACAGGUGUCUUCAGAAUUUCUAUUUAUUUUGGAGUUUGUUUUGUUGUUUUGCAGGCUUAGAGUUAGUUGACUGUGGUUUGAUGCCUGAAUGAGGGAUGCUAUGAAAUGAGAAGUUAAUUUUUUUAAUUUGCCUUUUCAAUUUGCACAUAAAGGCCACAGGCCAGAACCCUGCCCUUCUGAAGAAGGGGUGGAGUAGCUUCUUAUGAGACUCCAGUAUGAAUGAUCCUUAACACCUGCAAUGCCACCCUCAUGCCUAGUGCAUCAGCUUGACAAACCAGUCACUUAAAGGCAAGACUGCACCUCACCUUGGGACACUAAGCUGCCUAGGCUUGCCUAGGCCCUGUGAGCAGCUCUCUCAUCCUGCUUUUGUUGAGUAAUAUGGAUGCUAGGGACAUGGAGAAGAAACAGGCUGCUGGAGGCUGUAAGGCGAGGUGUGUGUGGGCCUCAGUUGGAAGUGAAUUGCCACAUCACACUGGAGAUGAGGCUUUGGGCAGAUCCAUACCACACAUUUAAAGCUCAUGGCUUUCUCCAAAGAACCCUGGGAACUCUCGUUUGUUAAGGGGGCUGGGAGCUGUAGCUCUCUGAGGUGGAACUAAUAAUUCCCAGGAUUCCUUGGAAGAAUCAGGGGGUUUAAAUGUGCAUUGAAGGGGAUUUAAAUGGGCAUCUGUCCUUCACAAUAAGAAGGAACAUAUGGUUAAACUGCAGGCCUUUUACAAGGCACUGUGACCCCUCUUUGUGCCAAUUUGCAAAUAAAUAUUUAAUUAAAGAAGUGAUUGCUUUUAUGAAUAAUCGUUAACAAGCCUAUGAAACAUUAAUUUGUGAAUUUAACAUUUUCAGCUACUUUUGGCAUCAAAAGCUCGAGGAUACAGCUAUAUCUGUCAGAGUGUGGAUUAUUCAGAUAAUGAAUAUGAAGUCAGGGUGAGUAGUAACUUAUGUCCGUUGUGAAGUCUGCCAUUUAUAACUCAGCUUUUGAAUGAUUAUCAUACUGUGCCAGUUUUCUGCUACUAGUUCUUUUUCUGUUGAGAACAAACUAUUACUGAUACAAAGCUGUCACAAAACACUUACUUUUUAAAGGACCAUGUUACGUUUUACACAAAAAGUGCAGUAAAUCUAGACUGGGGCCCUGUGCCAGUUUCCCGCCAAAAAUAAUAUCCCACACCUGUAAACAGCAGCUUUGAAGAGGAGAGAAACAGCAACUCAGGGGACAAUUUUCAGUGGGGCCCUGGAUGUGCGCCUUGAUGACUGGGCCUCUCACGGCUACUCUUCCAUGGGAAUAACAGUGUCUGGCUUAAGCAUGCUAACAUGUCGUUUCACCCAAAAAUUCAUGGUUUGUUGGUUUGUUUUGCUUAAAAUCGUGAUACAAUGUCUUAAGCAUAUCUAUCAUUCUCUAUAUUUCCAAUUCAAGUCAUCCCAUGCUUGUAGAGACAAAGCCAAAAAGACACAAUUUACAUACAAGAAGAAAGAUUCAGCAAACUCAAGUUAGGUCUGAGGUUAGCUGAUCCUCCAAAAAAUCCUUAGGAGGGGGAAAUCCCAAAUGGGUAAACUCAAAUACAGCUAGGCACCUUUCACAGAUGAACUAAAUGGGUUUUGCUUUCUCCACUGUGUUUUUGUUUGGGGGCACCAAUUCAGUGGUUUUGAUAGGUGCCUCUUGGUCGGGCACUGAGCAGUAUGUUUGAGUGUCUCAGUGCUGGCAUUGAAAAACUUCAAUCUUGUAGACCUAUACCUCCGCCACCCCGAAAUCCUUUGUAGUUGCUUCUGCUUCUUGAGAGGGGGAUUUCUCGCUUGCUCUCUCUGCACACUUGUUCCCCUUCCUGCCUGGCUUCUCUGCCUCUUCUCUGAGCAAGAGGGUCUGAUGCUGGUGCAUGAUGAGGCUGGUAGUGGCUUAGUGCCCAGGAACUUUCCCCCUGCUCAGCUCCUGCAGUGCAGGUCGAUAUCAUAGCUGGAUCCCUGCUAACUCAAACUCGUCUCAGACUAUGGCUCUGCUGCUGCUCCCACUAUGGAAGGGCCGUAGCUCAGUGGCUGAGCAUCUGCUUUGCAUGAAAAAGGUCGCAGGUUCAGUCCCCAACAUCUCCAGGAAACCUGUAGCUGCUAUGUAACUCUGCUGUUGCCUGCAGCAAUAAAGGUGUGUUUGAGUUUGGCAUGGGGAAAACUGAAAACAUCCAGUGCUGCUGCCAACACCUCUGCCCAUUUCCCCACCCCUCCUUCUGAGUUACUGUCGGCACCACAUAUGAUCAAACACAAUAAUGGAUUAUUAUUACCUGUAGGGGUGUGGUUGUGUAUGAUGUUAACGAUGGUGACAAAUUACAGUGGUAUCUCGGGAUGCGAACGGGAUCCAUUCUGGAGCCCCGUUCACAUCCCGAACAGAACUUAAGACGCAUCUGCGCAUGCACAGGUCGUGUUUCACCGCUUCUGCGCAUACGCGUGACGACAUUUUGACCGUCUGCGCAUGCGCAAGCGACGAAACCCAGAAGUAACGCACUCCGUUACUUCCGGGUCACCGCGGAGCACAACUCGAAAGCGCUCAACCUGAAGCGUAUUUAUCCCGAGGUAUGACUGUACAGGUGUAGUAUGUGGCUCUUAGUUGCUUAUAACAGUGAGUGUAAAUAUUCUAAGCUUAGCUAUCGUUCUUGCAUUUAGCAGACACUUGCUUUUUGGAUGCACAAAUUGCCAAGGCUCCAUGUAGCACUUUGUAGGGUCCCUGCUUCAGUUCAGGGCACCUUGUACAAAUCCAACUUCACCUUGGACAAGGCCAGAAUCCUUCCCUUUUGGCUAAGGCAUCAUCACAGUCUUCUGCACACCCAUAACACCUACUAUAGAUAAAAAUCAUAUGACUACUUCAUAGUAAGGUGUCUUCAUUGACAGUUGUACACUCCUAGCUGAAACACAUUUCCUUGCUAGUAAGUGCCAGCUCAUGCUCGUCAGUGACCCCAUGGUGACUGUUUCUGGGUUACCAGUUAAUGGGCCCCAAUUACCAUUUAUUUCUAUACAAUUUUUUUGUCCUGGUUGCGAUAUGAAGAUGCUGCUGCAGGUUACUCCAUAGAAAAUGGAAGACGCUUUAGGUUGCUCCAUAAGAAGCUCUCCCAGGGAUGCAGAUUCAGAUAAAGCUUCAAAUGCAAAUAUUGUUUCACACCUAAGAUCAGAUGCUGAUAAUUCAGGCAUUUUUAAUCUCUUGUUUUCAACUCCUCUUUGGGUUUGUGUUGCCGUGGUGAAAAUCUGCUGAACCAUUGUAGGCAGCCAGUUGGCUUUAAUACUAAGUCACAGAACACAAGUGUGAAUCUGAUCUUUAAAAAUAAUAACCAAAAUUCUGCAGUAACAGCAAGCUGGACUGUGCUUUUGAUGUAGAUGUACAAAUAAUUUCUGUACAUAACCUCUUGUAAACUGAUUUCCAGUUAUUUGUGUGAAUCCAUGAGAGACUGAAAGCUGGAAAACAGAUUCAAAAUGAGGUGUUCCAGUACUUAGUUAUUUAUAAAUUAACUGUAUCAGCUUCUACCAACUGCAUUGUAUUACAUUUAGGGAGGCAACAUUUGAGUUUUGUUUCAGCAUGUUUUGACAGACCUUAAUUCUAGUUGCUAUUACGUGAAUCUACUGAUAAAAUCAUGGGAUUUAGCAACAAUAAUUUAGUUCCCUCCCUGAAACAAACGAAUGACUAGAAGUUUCCUCUCUCCUGUUAAUUCUAGUAUGUCAUACACAGAAGCAGAAUUUCCACUUGGCUUCAGUUCAGAAAAACACCUACACUCAAGCACAGAUAGCUAUCUUUGAGAAAUACUAUAGGCGCAAUCAAGUAGCCUCUGCUGCUAUGCAACAUUCAUUAAGAAUUAAAAUGAAUCUCUCUGCGGCAUUGAAUAGUCUCCCAUGGACCUUGAUCACACUUUAGAAAGGGUUUUAGGGAGUAGUAGACCAAAAAUGGAACUGUCUUCACAGCAAAGACUUCUGUGAACACUGUAGGCUGAGGAACUUAUGAUGCUUUGAUGUGUGUGUCAUCUUUUCAGGCAGAAUGUUCACAAUAUUGGUGAUGGUGCGACAUGUUCUAUGGUGCUAAAUAUUUGGAUCAAGGAAGAUGUAUGCUUGGAUCAAGGAUUAUAUUACUUGUAUAUUACAGAUCUCUCUGUUGUUGUUUUUUUUUAAUAUUGACUAAGUGUGAUUAAUUUUUCUAACUAAAUUUUUGCAAAUAUUGAAAUAACUAGGAAGCAAAGACUAGGAAAUAAUCAUCCUUCUUUAACGUUUGUGUCGUGUGGCAUUCUGACUCUAAAAGUUCAGCAUCCUGCCUUAUAAUUAAGGGUGGUAUUGUAAUGCCCUGCCACAACCCAGCAGUGUUUCAUUGCCUGGUUUGCACAUAAUGCUAAAGCUAAGCUUGAAUAAGCAAGUGUGCUGGUGCACAGUUAGAAAAACAUACCCACAUCACUCCUCCUUUACUCCUGCCAGUGCCUCCCUGUCACUGGGAACCAACCCAUAGAUGCAAACCUAGGCUUGUGAUUUAUCUUCCCUAAACUACAUUCAGUUAGCUAAGAACAUGCCUUGGUUGCUACUGAUGGUUUGUUUGGAGCAAGACAAACCGCAAGCCCGUGAUUUCAUGUAAUGCUAAGCCAAACCAUGGCUUAGCUCAUGGUACCGCAGCAACAGCAGAAGCAAGGGAGGGUUGAUGGCUACAAUUUGCUAAGGGUGCCAACACACUUGCUUAUUCACACUAAGCUAUAGUUUGGCUUAGCAUUAAGUGCAAACCAGGCCAAUGUGCACACAAGCUCCCCUUUCGGAGAACACUUUCCCAACCAUUUAAAUGGAGGAAGCCAGUUUACACAGGUGAGUUACUAAAACUGUGCUUCUCUGUGCACAAAAGUGCUCUGUGUUCAUCUAGAUCAAAGUGUAUCUCUUUUCCUUAAAAUGAAACAAUACAAAAGAAGUUGUGCUCUGCAAAUUCUGCUUACUGGUAGAUUGUACUUUAUUAUUUCCCCCCUUCUUGUCAUUAGUCCCCCACCUCCCGGAAAACCCCACCACAAGCUAUGUAGUACCCAUUCAAAAAAGGCUAGUGCUGGCACUGCUCAGGCAUAGAACAAAGGAAGCAAAAGCCUACUGUUAAAAGAACUCCCAGUGAAAUCAGUUAUCACAAACGUGAAGUUGACUCUGAAGUGCAAGGUAUGAAGAUCAGGGACCUCUCACUGACCCUUUAAUCGUAGUUGUUAAUGUAAUCUUUCUAUGCCAUCUGGUGUCUUAACAGACUUAGAUUUUACAUGUAUCAAUGCUUACUGGGACAGGGGAAUAGUUAAACACAUUUCUGAAAUAAUUCUGAUAUUUAGAACAUUUUAGGCAUUUUAGAAUGUGUUAUUAUGUCAUUACUGUCUGUCAAACUAGCUUUUAUUAUAAGUUUAUAGCACAAUUCAACAAUUGUGUCCUACUUUUUUUGCUGCUGUUUCCAACAAUGCAACUUGCCUGUUCUUAACCUAUUACCACAGUGCAGAAAGCAUAAUACAUGUAAAACUGUAUGUUCUCAUCUGUGUCAGUGAUUGCGUCUCUGGCCUUGGGCAAUCUUGCUAAAUACUUUAUCUCCCCUGCCCCCUCUCUCUUGCUCAUAUGAAAACUGAGAUAAUAAUAGUUACAUAUAUCCUCAGGUAUAAUGCUGGCUAAAUUACAGUUUUUAUUUCACUUUGGAUCUCAGAAAAAAAAAAAAGCCCCACAAAAAAAGUAAAGCAGACGACUUACAACGGGGUAGUAAAAUAAAAUCUGCAUUUAUUUAAUGUUCUUGGACUGAAAGGUCACAAGGUGUAUUUGUAGAGCUGUGGGAAAUCUAGGCAUAAGCAGUCAUGGGGAAUUUAAAUUAUUUGGAGUUGGAAAAUUAAAAGGAGUUAGGAAGUCUGUGGUCAGUUGCGUUCCCAUGUCAGGAGAAUAAUUGUGCAUCUGAAUGGCGGAGUUCUAGACUUCAUACAGUCCUGAGCUUAUUGACUAUCAAACAAAGGAACCAAACGCUACACAUCAUGAAGACCCUUUUAGAGAACAGUGCCUGUUUGAUUUCACUCACCAUUUCUGUCUCCUAGCUGCAAAGUCCUUAUGGAAUGCAACAGAAGCAGAUAGAAUGUUGUGCAUCUCAUUUCUUUUUAAUCACUCUUCCACAGUUAGGAAUACCUGCUCUUCAGUUUUGGUUUGGCAUUUCAUUCUGGUCAGAGCAAAACCAUAGUGAGUUUGCUAAUACAGAGAAUGAUUGAUAGGUUUAUGACUGAAGCAGUUAACCAUGUUCUUUUGAUCCCCAUCAGGCAUGCGGCCUGAUCAGUUGAUUUGGAAAUAAGCUCAGUGUUCUCAAUGGGGAUUAAUCCCAUGGUGCAUGAAUGGCAGCCUUAGGCACACUUAACUUUCUCUGAUUAAUUCCUCUAGGAUAUUAAGACUGCAGUCCUACCUGAACCAAUCAGGACAUCCUUCUGAUUGAAUUGUUAUUCUCUGUUCCUAAAUGCACUUAAAUUUUAGUCAUUUCUGCUAAAACACAGUGCGAUUUCUCAUAUGGCCAUGGUUUACAUGUCACAUUAAACCAUAGUUAAAAUAAACCAUGGUUAAAAUAAACAAUGGUUUAAUGUGAACCAUUAGUGUGCUGGCGCAUGCUGCUGAAAUGGUGGGUGCUUUGCUCCUCCUCUCCUUCUGCUGUUACUUUGGAGGUGGGAAGAAAGCCAUGGUGUGCCUUGCCAUGUUCUCUGAACCCAGGCUCACAGUUUGUUUUUCUUUAAACAAAUCAUAAGCAGAAGCCAAGGUUUGGUCUUCAUUUACUGCUCAUAGUUUGCUUUGGGGAAAUGAAAUUAAAUUGUUUAUUUAAAUUAUAGUUUAGAUGACAUGUGAACCCAGACCAUAGCAAUUAAAGUUUUCUACCCAAGCGGUAUUUGUUUAUAAUUUUAUUUAAGAUAUUUACAUACCCUUGAAGAGAGUCUAGUCUAUACCUUGUCACACAUUUUUACUCCAGAUCCAGAAGGGCAAACAAAGGGCAAACGUUUCCAGAUUUAAUAGUAUAUUUUCAACUUAUAUACAUAUUAAAAAUAAUGUGGGUUCUGCUUGUCCCCUUGACAUUUCCAGAGUUAGGUUUCUGAAGCAUAUUACAGUGGUGAUAAUUGCACCUUCAGUCCACAGCAGGAGUGACUGCGGGAACAAAAUUAAUACAAAGAAGCCAGCAUAUUGACCUUAGCAAAGUCACCUAAUUAAAAAUACAGCUAUAUUGUAUAUUGAAGGGGCGGAGAUUGCUAUGUAAAAAAACAACAGGGGCAGCUAUUUGGCCAUCCACAUGGUGCACACCAUCAAAUACACCUUGAUAUAUAGAUUAGAAUUGCCAUAUUUCAAAAAGUAAAAUUCCUGACACCACUGAAAUUGUUGUUCUUUGGCCAGGCCCCAAUGCACCCCUUUCUCUGACACAGCCCCUCACCUUACUUUCCCCUUUACUAUACCCCACCCAGCUGCUCAGGCCCCCAACAACCCUCAGAAAUGUGUAGUGGGGCACUGCCACCUCCCCCCCCCACAACCUCGAACUUACCACAGCCGGUUUUGUUCCUCUUCCACACAGUUUGCUACCCUCGCUUUCGAGGCCUAUCCAUGUCUCAUUUAAACUGCUUCCUGCACACACGCACACACACCUACCUGCCCGGCCCCCAUCUCCGCCUUGACGGUGCUGCAGCUGGAAGGAGAUGGUGGCCCUGAGCGGCUGCAUCCUGCCCCGGCAAAACAAGGAGGUGCCUGGCUGGCGAGCCAAACCAACAUGGCCACCUCAGCCCUCUUGGGUGAGGUGGCCAUUCUAGCAGCUCCCGAGCGCCCAGCUGCAGACCUUCUCUCACGGCCUCUGCUGCUGCGACUGAGCUACCCGCGGGACAUCCCUGGCACAGGGUCCCUUUUUCAACACGCUAGGGGCGGCUAGGCCUCUGCGUCGCCUUCCUCUGUCCCACAUCUCCUCACUCUGCCCCCCCCCCUCCCUGGCUAAGGGAAGUGACCUCUCAUCACUUCCAAUGCUGCUGGGUCACAACCUCCCCUGGAUUUUUUUUAAAAAACCAGAAAACCGAAAACACCCGAGUUGCCAUAUGUUCAGGAAAUUCCGGAGAUCUCUAACAUUUAAAAAAGUUUCCGCAGCAUCCAAUUUCUGUACAUUUCCGGUAUUUUUUGGACAUAUGGCAAACCUAAUAUAGAUGUACUUUGAAUGCAAGAACUCCGCAUAACAGAGAAGGGAAAGGCAUGCAUUUCUGGAAAAUGACUGCACAAUCACCCACAAUAGUAUUUUUCGUAGGUAAGAGAAGCAUUGAUCAUUCCUUUUAGGUUAGUUAGGAUCAUAUAGUAAUAGUAAACGUUUGUAAUAUAAAAGUUACAAACUUUUAUCCAGAAGUUGCAAGUCUCCUAAACAUCCAUCUUUCAAGCACAGGUUGUGUCACUCAAGUUCCUGUAAGAGAAGCAGCAUGAUAAAGUUCCUAGGGUUGUAUGCAAGUAAGUCAUACUCCAGGUAGACCCAUUGAAAUAAAUGGACCUAUGUUAGUAGUCAUGCCUAUCAAUUUAAAUGGGUAUACUCUGAAUAAGACUAACAUUGGAAACAACCCUUAGUACUUGCUGUAUAUACGUUAAGUAAGAAUCUUGAAUAUUCUUUGUAAGUGUCACAACUUUAUUUGAUCAGUUAAUGAAAAUGAAUGUAGCAUUCUGUUCUUUAACUUCUCCCAAAAGGUGGUGUCUUAAUCAGUGCAGCGCUCUUCAGAGCUACUAUAGCUAUCAUUAGUGGGUGUUAGCACAGGCUUUGAUGUGGGAGUUAAAUACAUGACUAUCUGGCUCAGGGCAAACAAUGCUACUUCUUGAGCAAUGUGCAUUUUAAAACCACUUUUGAAUAACCUUUAUAUCUGGGAACUCCUAGCUCUGUAGGAGUCUCCCUUCAUCUUCCCUCUCCUUUCCCAUUACACCCGCAUGUAUCCCAAAUAGUUUGCCUUAUAAGACUCAGAGCAAGUCUGGCAACAAGCAGGGAAGGAAACAAACUGGUUUUAUUUAUAUCCCACUCAAUUUUGAGGACCAUUGAUAUCAAAAGUGUCUGGGGAAAGAGGCAAGAAUUCAGAAUGUGAUAAAUAUAGUCAACCAAAAGCAAAAAGUGCUUUCAUCUGAUUUGCCAGAUCACCAGUGCAGAAUUAGCUAAACUCUUUAAUGCUUCUUUGACAUGUUCUUUCUUCCUAAACCUUACCCAAAGUAGUUGGUCUUUUUGGUUCUUCAGUGUUAAUUAGAAAUGCCCAAGGAAGAAAUGUUCAAAAUAUGGAGAAAAGAAAAAACUGUUUCACUCUUUCGAGUUGAAAAAAUGGCAGAGUGGUAAUACACUAUUAUUUGUAAAAUGCUGUUUUAAAUGUAAAGAUGAGUGGAGCUCUAAAAGACAAAUAAAGGAUAGAAUGCAGGUAUGGAUCCAUCAGGUUUCCAUCAUAGAUUAUAGAAUCUUGACUAGAUCCUGCAGCCUUCUUCAUGUGUAAGACAGAUCAAAUAAGGGACCGUUACAAAAAACUUUUCCUGUAAUAAAAGAACUAACAAUCACUAAGUAGAAUAACUACCUAUUAUUAGUAUUGCAGUGUUGAAAGACUGAACAGCCAGGAAGGAGUUACCUACUAUAAUUACUAUCCUGUUGCUUGUCCUAUUAAUAAUCUAUUAAUCCAAUAUACUCAAAGGAUGUAACUUCAUGCAUAGUGUAUAGGGUCACCCCAGCCCAGUUUAAGUGCUUUAAGCUCAAUUCCUAUGCACACUUAUUUGGGAAGAAACCUUACUGAGCUCAGUAGCAGUUACUUCUGAAUAAACAUACAUAAGGUUGUGCCAUUAACAGUUUACAGACUUAGAACACCUGUAAGUGUGCAUUUAUUUUGUUAUGAGUACUUUAAAUCUAAGGUGUUUUACCUUAAAGGGGUUGAAUUAAAAGUGUGCCACAGGUUAUUUGGACAGUCAAAGUGAACUGUAACAAUAUUUUCUUUUGUAGAGGGAGGUUGCCUUGUUCCAAAACGACAUGCUUGCUGCUUUUUGAAAAAUAAAACUGGGGAGGAGUGUGCAUCAGUGCUGGAAUCAUGGGCCCUUUGUUUACCUAUUUAUUUAUGGCCAUAAAAGAAUUUUUAAAAGAUUAAAAAAGCAAAAGAGUCACAAAAUGGCCUUUUUAAAAGAUCUGCAUUAGUGUCUUGUGGUUUCAGUGCUGCAGCUGUGGUACACUCAGCUUCUAAAGAAUUAAAAUAAAAUAAAUAACAAAAUGUAAAGGGUGAAACCCAUUGUCAAAUGAAGCAUCCAUUCUCACAAUCAAUUUCCCCCUCCCUCUCCUUCCUUUUUGCCUCCAUCUGCUGAAGAGCCCCACCCCCACCCUCUACAGCCAUUUUGGUGGGCAUAUGGAGAAGGUUGUCUUUUCAAAGUCCAUUUUCCUAAUACAUUAAUAUCAGUUAAGGCUUCAGCUGUUUGUUAUAGGAACACCGUUUAACAGCAUGAUUUUAUACAUGUCUACUCAGAAAUAAGCCCCAUUGAAUUAAAUAGGGCUUGCUUCCAGCAGUAGCUAAAGACUGCAGUAUGAAUAAAAUUCACUUUAUUUGUAGACUAAGAACAUUGGCUGUUUAUUUUCUAGAGAAACUGGGGAGAAACUGACUGGAGUCUUGUUCCAGCUCAUAAUAAUAAACUGUGUUCUACAUUUAGCUCUUUCAUAGUCAGAUUGCUACAAUACGUUUUGAGAGGGUUUUUCUGUUUUGUUUUGUUUAAGUUGAAGUCCUAUUCAUGUCUCUGAAGCUACAGUUUUAUCUUUGUUGUUGUGAGAUGAGGGGGCUGGAUGGGGUGUGUAUAUAUUAAUGUCUAUUAAUUUCAAGGAGUGAACAGCACACAAUGAAUGGCUUCACAGAACACAAUCUUGUUUAUAAAAGCCCUUUUCCCCCCUAAGAGAAAGAGAAUGCACAAAAACGAUUUCUUUUUUAUUUACCUCUUUGAAAUGAAGCCACAAAUAAACUUGUAGAAACUCUAAACAAAGAAUCAGGUAGUAGUGAACAAGACUGUAGAAAAACGUGGGGAAUCUUUGGCCCUCCAGAUGUUGCUGAAUUUCAGCAUCCCUUUGGGACCAAUUCUCUGUGCUGGUGAGGGCUGAUGAGAAUUGUAGUACAAUAUUUGAAGAACCUCAGGUAAGUGACUUCAGCUCUAGAGGUCUAUGUAAUGGCAGACACUGGGCUACAUGGUCUGUGUAUCUGAACUCCAAAUUGGUAUAUGAAUUCUUACGCUCUUCUUUCUGUAUUACAGAUAGCUGGGGCUUUAUGGUGGUACUUCGUAUCAAAAGGAAUUGAGUAUCUGGAUACAGUAUUCUUCAUCCUAAGAAAAAAAUUUAACCAAAUCAGUUUUCUUCAUGUCUAUCACCAUUACACUAUGUUUACUUUGUGGUGGAUUGGCAUAAAAUGGGUUGCAGGAGGGCAAGGUGAGUAGUCUUGUUUAUCUUCCCAAAUGAGGAGUACAAAGUGGGGACUCUACCUGGAAGCGAAUAUUCAUUUUGACAGUAGCUUGUAAAUAUUGUUUCCUUCUGGAGUAAUGGAAUGCCCUUUCAAUUCUGGAAUGCUAAAGUUAAAGGGUAGAUUCCUUCCUUCUCUGGGAAAUGAGGGGGAGGAAAGAAGUAUAUGAUUGCACUACUAGGAAUUAGGAAACACUUCACAUGGGCACGAAUGCAUGAUUCGGAUUUCACAUGCAAAUUCUUCUUUUUUUCAUUUAAGUAAACUUGCUGUGUGAAGCAACACAUACAUCUGGCUUGCUCAAUCUAAAAUUCAGCAACCAUGAAAAAGAAGAGAUUAUUUUAUUCUGCCUUGCUUAUUCCAGAAUAUUUCCAUGGUGAUUAAAGGAUGUAAGGCCCAAGCUUAUUCAUGUUUAUUCAGAAUUAAGUCCUGUUCAUUUCAAUGGGAUUUACUUCCAGAAAAGUAUGAUUAGCAGAUUCACUACAUUUUAUAUAUGCAUAAGUAUAUAUAUGUAUGUGUGUCCGUUAGCAAGCCUAGUAUAUAAAGCAGGCAACAGAUAUAAAUUAUACUCUAAACACAGAAAUUGUUUGCAAACACACAGUGCAGAACCCUGUAAUUAUUUCCCAGACAUUUUGCUCAUCUUAUAUUCACAUCAACUCAUUUGGAACAUCUUCAUUUCCUGUAAUACCAUAGUUCUGACCUUGGUUUGCUUUGCCUUUCUUAAAUUAUAAGUUCUUCAAAGACUAUUCAUGCUAAUCAUGUCAUACAGCUUGAUAACCAUCAUUAAUUAGGAGAGCACAGGAAUGACUUCUUCCUUCUGGAUCCAGAUAGAAAAAUGCCCUUUGCAAAAUAGUUUUGGUUUGAAGCUUUUUCUGGUUUUGUUGUUGUUGUUUUAUUCAGAGUAUGCAAUUUGAUUUUGCAACUAUAUUGGAAUUUUGAGAACAGUUUGUAAUCCUGUGCAGACUUCCCUGGGCAUCAUUCCUUACUGAGUUCACUGUAAACUAAUAAGAGUGAUUUCUGUUUAUGCCCCCUGUAUUUUUAAAACAGUUGAUAUUAUUUAACAGUCAGCACAUCGCAAAUCCACUGUGGUUAAAAUAUUUCAGGUGAUAACUGAAUAAGUCAUCCUCAGAGUGGACUCAUUGACAUUAAUUAAGUCCAGUGGUUUCAUUGGGUCUACUUUGAGACUGGUAUGAGAACCCAAAAGGGAGGCGACAACUUACAGCAGUGGAGCUGCAUCCAUCAUUGGUGCUUUGCUGACACAUUAUGACCUGGCAAGCAUGACUGAAUGAACUUGGCAACCUUUUGCAGCUUACACACCAGCCCUUACCUCCCCCCCCAUCCCAGAACACUCAUUUUAUUACCUGCAGGUGAUGUGUGGCUCAAGACGAGCCACAGGGUGUCAUGCAAGGGAGUAAAAGGUCAGAGCAGGGUUGUAAUGCAACAGAGGCUAAUUUAGAUGGUAAGGUCCUCAAGACAGGAACCUCCACCUUUUCCUGUUUAUAUUAUACUCUAUAAAGCCCUAUGUAUAUUUAUGAUGUCAUACAACUAAGAAUAAGAAUUUGGACAUUCUGCUAGACUGGGUACAGUGCCUGCAAAUGGAGGAGAAGGGUAAAAGGCGAGGACUGAGUGGCAAUAUGGGGUGUUGUCCACGAUGGUUCAGCUUAUUGCCUAUGUGCAGGUGCACUCACACGGAAGGAGGGAGAACAGAUCUCUGUCGGCCACUGAGGUUGCCCCCCAUGAGCUGAUAUAUGAUGUACAUUGCAAAUGUUUCCCAUAUUUUAUAUUUAGAACAGAAAAUACCUUUCCACUGUGAAUACUAGGCUGUAAUUAUUAUAAUGUACUAUGAAACCAAAUUAUCUAAGCUUUUACUUUAAUGUGUAACGGGAAUAAUAGAAAUAAGGAGAAUAUGAGGUUACACCUCUUGCAACUUUCAGAUAACAUCAUUCUUUGUUUCUUCCUCUCGACAGCUUUUUUUGGAGCACAAAUCAAUGCUUUUAUCCAUGUUAUUAUGUACAUGUACUAUGGACUAGCUGCCUGUGGCCCAAAAUUUCACAAGUACCUUUGGUGGAAACGAUACUUGACCAUAAUGCAGCUGGUAAGUAAUUUUUUUUUUUAAAAAACCUAUUACCUAGGAUACUUAGAACCUUGAAUGCUAGAACUUUAAAGCUAGGUGGAUGUCAUGCAUCCACACACACCAUGUACCUCUUGAAGCAAGAUGCUCUGUACUCAGAUCACACCAUAGACAUGAAAGAGCAACCAAGAAUGAGAUUGGUAUUCUAGCCAGAUGAAAGAAUAGAAUUGAAUACAAUGAAAUGAAAUGUGUAGAAAUAGCUCCAGGUAAUGAGUAUGAACCAAAACAGUAUCUUACAUACCUAUUUGCAUGCAGAAUAUCUUAGAAAUAACUGUAGAAUGGAAAGUAUACGGUAAUUCAUCGAAAUCUGUUCACACUGAAUCCAGUGAUAACACUGUGCACAAAGGGUUUGGCUGCAUGAAAUAGUUGUCUUACACAUGAAAAGUUGGCCACUGGGGGAGCAGGAUGCCAGACUAGCUGGGCCAUUGGCCUGAUCCAGCAGGCUAUUCUUAUGUUAUUAUCUUAUGCAAUCCUUUUCUGGAUUUUAAAGACCAGAUUAAUCCCUCCAUAUUGCUGGCAGAGGAACAACCCAGAUUAGGGGAGAUGAUUUAUGGACCACCACCCCCUUCUCCGAAAUACAUGGCUGUAGAUCAGGCAUGGGGAACCUGUGGCCCUCCAGCUUCAGGGUUCCAUCUCCCAUCAGCCAUAAGCAGCAUGGGCAAUGACCAGGGAUUGUGGUGGUUGUCACUCAGCAGAGUUUGAAGAGCCACUGCAGAACAGUUCCGAAAAGUACAGUAAAGCCUAGUUGUUGGUCAUGAAUAUUAUGAAUAGCAGAAUAGGAGAAACAUGUCUUCUUUUUCCGUUUCCACCUAAUAGCUAUUAUCAUUUCUCUGUGAUGUGUUGGUGAAUCAUUUUUUAAAAGUAUACCUUCGGUUUUGCAAUUUGCCUGUUAAUUCUUUUCAAUAUCUGUUUAGUAUUCAGAUUUCCCCCAAAAAACAUUAUAAAAUGCAAUCGAGCAGAAGCUUAUUGAUCAGGAUCUUUGACAUUCUGUUUUUCUACCUUUUCAGAUUCAGUUCCACGUGACAAUUGGCCACACGGCCAUGUCUAUUUAUAUUGAUUGUCCCUUUCCUAAAUGGAUGCACUGGGGCGUCAUUUUCUAUGCCAGCACUUUCAUUAUCUUGUUUGGUAACUUCUACUAUCGGACAUACAAGAUGCCCAAGCAGCCUGUAAAGAAUGGCAAGAUUACCAAUGGUGUUGUGGCAAAUGGUAUAAGCAAACCAGAAAAUGGUCUAGUUGUGGAAAAUGGAAAAAAGCAGAAAAAAGCAAAAGGAGAGUAACUCGAUCCAGGCCUUAACCAUUGUUGGCAGUGAGGAGUCUCCAAAUUGGUUGUAAAAGAGAAAGAAACGUUAUCCUAUCUAUACCAAUUGACCUUUAGGUUAUUGAAGAGAUAGAAAACAUUAUUUAUGAAGAUCGUUUUAACAACAACCCUUCAACUUUAAAAAUUCUAUUGUAAUUAUGUAAUUAUUAAGACUCUCAUGAUCUCUAUGUAAACUUUUAGACUGCUGGUGUUGGUAAUGUAAGAAAGAAUUGCUGAAGCAUAUCCUGUCAAUCCAAUGGUUAAUACUACAAUUAACCAAGGGUACAGUUGACUUGUUGGAGCAGACAUUUCUUUGAAAAUACGAAUAUUGUAUAAAUCUUUCUGAACCUAUUAUUUGUUUUAAGACCAAAUCAUUCCCUAAUUAGGACAUGGAUUUAUUCUUGCCCUCUUUUAUCAUAGUUUUGUUUUAUAGUCUCUUAAACUACAUGUUACCCUUAUUUGUCCACUAUAUCUGUUACAACUUCUCUUGUGUGGAAAUGCACCUACCUCUUCAUUUUUUGAAAGUAACACCUAACAUUAAAUACUAAUUUUUGAAAUACAGAGUCUGCCAAUAUAAAUUUUGUUCUAUUCUAAUUAGAAAAAAAGUAUUUCAUUAUUAUUUUUUUUAAUGUAUUUUCUCAUUAAUGAAGAGGACAUAUUUGAAAGGUCUGUAUCUGAAACAAAUGACAAACCAUGGUCUAAGUCUAAGACAAUCCUUGUUUCUAAGAUGUCAUGAAACUAUUGUUUGUUGUCUCCAGUUGCAUGAAACCCAUGGUGCUAAUGCUUAAAAUGGUUGGAUGUUAUAUUGUGGUAGAGGGGAGGACAGAACUCAAAUUUUUAUUUUGCUAAUGGCCUACUUAUUUAGUACUGGGCAUGUUAAAUAUAAAGAGGAGAAAUUCAUCAGCAUAGAGUCUUGCAGCUGAAAGCUUCCACCCAACAAUAGAACUCAAGUUAGCCACGACCAGCUUGUUCCAUUGGGUUCAGUGGGACUUAAGUCAUGAUUAAAUUUAGUUAAAUUGGGGCCCAAGUGCUUAAAUGUCAUGAGCAAAUGCACUGUAGAUAAUAUUGUUGUGAACUGUUUACUCACAAGGUGGUCUUGCCUCUAGUACUGUAAUACUUGCGGGCUCAUGAUCUUUUUACAGGUACUGUACAAAUAGACUUGUAAUUGAUUCUUCUUGCAGUCAUGUCACUGCAAGAGCAAUAUUGGCUGGUUAAGAUUCCAUCCCUUCCACAUCAGCUUCUCUAAGUCUAAUUUCCAUGGCUGUUCUGCUCAUCAUUCCUUCUGCUGCACCAUUAUGGCUUGCCUCUAACGCUUAUUGUCAGAGUACGUCAAGUUCGACUCCACUAUGGACUGGAUACAUUUUAUUGCACAACUGUGAAGAAAGUACAGUAAGGAUCCUCCAUUUGCACAGCCCUGGAAAUGGAUGUGGAGAGAAGUCAUGAUUUGCUCCAGCUUGGAUUGAGUUUGAGGCACAGCUGGAACUAGAACUGAGGAGGUCGUUAGAUUUCUCUGCUCUGAAUACCAGAGCCAUCCUCAUAUAUUUAUGAGAAAGAGAUUUCUCUCUAGUAAUGUAUUUUAUAUCAUGAAAAUAAAGCUAUUUAGUUGAGACAGAAGCUCGCAGGACAUUCUGUUUUUACUUUUACCCAUCUUGUAUUGUCUGUAAAAACGAUAGGAGAACAAACCCCCCCGUAUUUCCUAAUAUUUACUAUGUCUCUGGCUUAUUGGUUUUGCCCAAAACACUUCCAAAGCAAUCCAAAAGUAUAAUUGGAAAGGUUAUAAAUGUCUGGACACAGAUCAUCUUUACAGGUUAAUUUGGCAGGCUGGUCUCCCAAAGUAACCCAAACUGGGUAUGAAAAUACUGACAUGGGCUGCAGCCCUAACUAGGGAGUAGGCCCAUGGAACACAGUGAGACUUACUUCUGAAUAAACCUGUUAAGGAUGACACUGUGGAAAUACACAGCAGAUCUCUUAAAUCUUAACUGGUCUGGGACCAUCAAGUAGCUUCUCUGAUUAGGGUUGUUUCUUUUGUGCUUUUCAAAAUGGAGCCGAAAGGUGGGUGUUGUUGUAGGCAGCUGGCAGAGCAGGGUGGGGUGACCUUGCUCACCUGGCUUCUGAAUGUGGGGGUCACUGCUGUUAAUAGGGAGGGGGUGACUGCAGGUAGCUUGGUUUUCAGCAGGCACAGUAGCACAAGCAGUGGGUUGGCUCCAGUACCAACAACCUGCUGAACUCCCCACAACCUCAACUGUUACUCAACUGCCUCUGUUACUGGCAGCGAACUCCGUGUUGGGAAGCCAAGUAUGCAAUGCAGCUCAACCCCGCCAGCUGCUCCUGCAGGCAACAAACAUCUUGGGACAUGAUACACUUAAAGGGCUGUUGAUUUUAUUGGGGGAGAAUUAAGCAUGGGCUUAACUUUUUCAUUGAAAUCAAUGGGACUUGCAUGUGCUCAACCUUGUCUGGAUUAUUCCCUUAAUGUAUAGAAAUAAAAAGUAAAAGAUGUUUGCAGAUCUUUUGUCCUUUUUAUAAUCUAAUGGGAUUUCAGCAUGGGGUGGUGUUCUGUCAUCAUCCAGGUGGAGGGGAAAAACACCUAUUUCAGACAACAUAAUUGACUUUGCCAGUCGUACUGAGAAUAUUCUCUUCCAGGGUGGUGUGGCUUUUGACUUUGAUUUCAUUUGGUUUGAUUUUUUUGCAUACCACAGUCUCCUAGGUCUUUGUGUAUUGUAGAUUCAUAUCCAUGAGAACAUACACUAACCCUAUGGUGCAAUUCCACCAGAAUAUUGCUGCUGGAAAUCCAAAUCCUGCAUAGCUUGUAAACAAAGCACUUGUUGGCACUGAUGACAAUGCAAAUUGCACCACAAUAAGAUACAGAUCCUGGCAUGCUUGACUGUGUGGCAGAUCUGGUUUAAUUAAAAUCAUGUUUAUUUGUUCGUUAGUCUCUUUUAUCACAAAAGUGACUUGAAAUAACUUACAAAAAUAAUAUAAACCCAACAAAUAAAAGUUUUAAAACACAUCUAUACAAGUAAAAAAGACAGGCCACAUUAACAGAGAUCAGAUAGACCUGAAACCCCUCAAAAGAGGGGCCAAAAUCCAGGGCUAAAAAAGGUUUCUGCCUGGUACCUAAACAUAGAUAAAGAUGGCAAGCCUCCCUGGGUAGAGCAUUCCACAAGUGGAGAGGCACCACUGAAAAGGCUUGUUCUUGUAUUGCCACCCUCUGCACCUCCCAUGGAGGAGCUACGUGGAGAAAGGCUCACAUGAUGACCACAGGGUCAAGGUCAGUUUGUGUGAGGUGAGGCAGUCCUUGAGGUCAUUGGGGUCCUGAGGCUUUAUAGGUCAAAACCAGAAAUUGAGCCCAGAAACUAAUUGGUAGCCAGUGCAGUUGCGCCAGAAUGAGUGUUUAUAUAUUUGGGCUGUCAGCAAUCGGGCUGCUGAAUUUUGGACCAGCUGCAGUUUCCAAACAGUAUGCAGCCCCCUGUGUGACACAUUUCAGUAAUCCAAAUAGUCCCUGUCCAAAUAGGGGCACGACUGGGCCACAAGUUGAAAGCACUGGGGGAAAACACUCAGCAGAACCAAGGCCACUUGAGCCUGAAGCUGCAAUAAUUGAUCCAGGAGUACCCGCAAGCUAUGUUCCUGCUCCUUCUGAGAAAGUAUAAUCCCAUCCAGAGUAGGCCAUACCCCACCCAUCUGGUUGAGGGAACCACCCUCUAAUAGUCAUCUGCCUCUGUCUUAUCUGGAUUAAGUUUCAGUUCAUUGGCUCAUAUCCAGUCCAUUACCAAGGCAAGACAAUGGUCCAGUGCAUCCACUGCCUCAUCUGCAAAUGCAAAGGGAAAGUAGAGCUGUGUCAUCAUGGUGCAUUUUGGGGGUGAUUACAGUAUCCUUUAUCAGACAUCUUUAAUAGGUACCAGCAACAUUGUGAAAGACAUCCACACCCAGUACAUACAUAAUGCAAAGUAAAAUGUUCAGGUUCCCAGAGUAGAAACUGCAGCUGCAGUGCUCUUCUCCCUUGGUCCUGCUGCUGCUGCUGCACUAUCCAACACUAAGUCAUGGUUUGGCUUAGCAUUAUGGCCAAACCCGGACACAUGCUUUGUUGUGGUUUGUUGGGUGAGGCAAGCCCAGGUUUGGACGUGACGCAAAACCAAAUCAUGGCUUAACCCUGGAAAGUACAGUAGCAGCAGGACUGAGGAGGAACACUCCAUCUACCUGCAUGUUUUCGCUGUUCGUGCUAAACCAUGUUUUGUCUUAACCUUGUACGCAAAGCAGGUAAUGGUCAUGGGGCCCACAGAAAUCUCCGUAAGCAUUGCAACAUUUAGUCUUAACUAUUUCAAAGACUUUAUUUUUAAAACUUAAAAAAAAAUCUAGCACUGCGUCCAUAGAUGUCAUUUCUACUGAAACUCAUCUCAUCACUUUCUCCUUUCCAGUGGUGGGGGAAGGGAAAGAUGGAGCCAAGAUAUGCCAAUAGCACUUUCCAGCUGGCCUUUAAUCUUGUACUUUUCUUAAAUCAGACGUCCUGCGUAGACAGCUAAGUUAAUGCAUGUUGGGCUUGCAUUCCCCAGCUUGGAUUUUGGCAUGUUACAAUUUGGCGGGGUAGGGGGAGAUUUGAUACUGGCUGAUUGCACGAAACAAUAUUUUGAAUAUAUGGUAUGUCAAAUACAAACAUCAGGAAAUAGAUUUUCCAGAGUUGUUUUGAGAUAUAAAUCAUCUUUGUAAAUUUGCUUGUCAGAAAUCAUAAGCAAAAAAUGUUUCUGAUUUUCAGGUAGCUAAAACUUAUUUCAGAGCAAUGGAGUGUUACUGAGUCUAUACUUGCUUUCUUGUCUCCACAAAACGCAGAAAUGCAGCUGGUUUGUGUGUGUGGCAGGUUUCUAGUAACUGAGCAGUUACAUGUGAUGGGGAGAUAGUCCUUGAUUUGCCACACUGUAUGGCGCAGCAGUUAAUUCAAAGGAUAAACGAAUGUCAUUUUUGCAAAGGAUACUAAAGGGGUGGUGAAUAAUGUGAGACUCCAUUGCUUAUCUCAAGCAUUUUAGUUUAUUUAUUCUAGCAAGGCUUCAUUCCUCCAAAUGAACCAGUGCCUUUGCAUGCUGUGACUCAUUUUUAUGAAGUGGUCUACUGACUACACAUGCAUGAACAGUAUCACACAUCAACAGCAACCAUUUGCAGGAUUGCAAACACACUUGGUGGCAUGAAUAAGAGCAGAUGUUAUAAUGCUGAAUGUAGCCCCAUUAUCCAUAGACCAUGCAUAUUGAAUGAAUAAACUGCUUCAGGUAGCUGCAAUUGAUGACAAAGCAUCCCUGGGACUGGUUUACCGGUAGUUGCAAUAAGCAAUUUCAUUUGAAAUUCAAUAAGAAACACAUUACCAUGCCAUGCUCAGAGUCAUUACAGUAGUCAUCUGUAAGUGGGAUUAGCUAUGAUGAUCUAGUUUAUUCCAUUUUUAACCUCUGUCUUUCUUACGGAAAUGAUGUGCAAUAGUUUGCUUUCGCAAAACCAAAUAGAAAAAAAACCAGAUGAACUACAAACUGGUCUUGUCAAAAACUAGAAUGUCAGUUCUUCCUUAAUUCUGGUUCUUGGAGCAUGUCUGAGAUCAACACAAACUACGGAUUGGAGCCAACUACAUUUUGCUCAGAGUAGACCCAUUGACAGAGUAGACCCAUUGACCCAAAAUAAGUUGGUCAAGUCCAUUAAUUUCACUGUGUCUACUCUAAGUAGGACUAAUGUUGGAUACAAUCUUCUUACGAUCUAUUUAUCAAUAAAUGUAUACGCUAUUGAAAUCCACAGGAGAUGUUAGUAAAAGCUGCAACAAAAUAAACUGUUUAUUUGAGUGUGAUUUUAACAUUUAUUAUGAGCAGCUUGCAUUGUGGCUAGCAUGUUUUGUAAAUAGAUUUCAUGCAAAUCAUAGUGUGAUGUAUUCAUUCGGGUUUUAGAUAGCUGCAUCUUUCCGCAAAAGCAAGAAUUUUUUGGGUGGGGAGGGAAGAGUUUGAUGUUGGAAAAAAAUAACAAGUUAACACUAAAACCUGCCUUUAGAAACACACAAAUAUAAUCCAAGUAUAAAUAAUGAAGCCAUAUCUUCCUAAAAUUCAGCACAUCUAUGCAAAUGGGCUCUUGGGCAAAUGCUGACACAUAGGUUAGCCAUGCACCCGGGUGAUGCACAAUCAUCAUCGGACUAUGUGUGGAUGGGUGGGUGGUUCCCACAGGGACUCAAUUCCUGCUCAGCAGAGAUUCUUCUUCCAGGGAGGGAGUCCUCUAUGUGGACAUCCACACAUGUGUAGACUGACUCUGUACACAUGUUGGCUGUGUACCGAUGUGCUCAUCAGCAUCUAGGAGGCUUCAACUAACAGGUCCUGUUAGUGCAAGAUUUUCUGCUUUCCCCCUCCCUCUCCUCCUGCCCCCUUUCAUACCACACCCUUUUCCAAAUCUGCUCCACAGGGUUGGAGGAACGCCUAGAGCAGAUUUCUGGGGGGGAGAAUAUUCAAUGGUGUAAGCAGAAAUCAUUGCACUGACAGAAUGCUCACAUAGCAACAAGCCUAGGAUAUUCUGUGUAGGAGCAUCUUUUCCUACAUCUGUACUGAACAGGCUUCUCUGAAUACCAGAUGUUACAUGUUAGAGAACACAUCUGCAUUAAUCUGAGGCAUUUGAGUCACUAGUGCAAAAAUCAACAACCCUUUUCUUGGUUCGGGAUAGCAUAUGCUAUGCUUCCCUCAAUGCCUGAAUAGUCACCACGGCUGUUUUCUUAGAUCAGCUGAAUCAAUAUCUGUAUGAUAAUUGUAAAGGUAAGCUUCAGCAGAUCCAGAAGCUGCACAUCAUUCAUUUCACAGAACGAUCCUCACGGUGUGGGUCUAUGCAUUUUAUAGAGCGUCCUCUUCAGAGCUCUUUAAAUCUGCUUACAAAGCACCUGACCAAAAGCCUGUUUGGAUCAGACUCAGGAAACUGGAGACAAAGAAACUGCAUUUGCUGAAGACGUCUUAUUACCGCAUUUUGAUGUGGCACUGUUAUUGCAGGUACAGAUACCAGGGAACAUUCAUUGUCAGUUUAUGUAAGCCUUUAAGCGUUUUUAUAUCGUUAGGUUCAUGUAUUGCCUUAUGCAAGGUAGCAUUCUAUGUUAUGAUUAGUUGAAAUGUACGAAAUAUUUCUUAAUGAUCAAAGCACUUGUUCUUGGCACAUGUGUCCUCAAAUUAAGGGCUGGAUCCUUCUUCUCAUUGGCUGCAAACAGAGAUGGACUGGGGCAAUAGAUGUGAUCCAAUUUUUAAAAAUCUGUUCUAGAUAUUACAACAAUUGUUCAUAAACCUAGGGAUUCAAUUACAAGGAUUUGUACUUUUAGCCUUUAAACAUUUUUAUGACUUGACUUUUAGGAAUUAAGUAUUGCAAUAUUAGGAAUUGUCUACUAUUAAGAUUUGGGGCUGUAUGUGGGAUUUUAAGGUUCUGCAUGUGUGUAUGCAUGCAUACAUCUUACAGGAAUCAAUGGAAUUUGUGCGUGAAAAUGGCUGGAUGAGGACUUGCAGCCAUAACUUUCAUUGCAAAUGCUCCCUUUAAGAAAAUCGGAUAGCUUCUUUGAUGAAGUGCUGCUUUUGUGUAAAUAUGUAAAACUACCCUGAAUGGACAUAUUAACUUUUUAAAAAAUGUAUAAAAUAAUAUUUUGCUAUUUUGAUAGGUGGGAGAAUUUGGUAAAGGAUUAGUGUAACAAUGACUUUGCUUAUUCUGUGUAAAACUAGAACGGUAUAAUUAUUAUGUCGUGUAUGCAUUUGGUUUGAAUUAGAUGAGACAAAACGGCUGUUAGCAGUUAAUUAUUAUUUUUCUGCUGCUGAUUUUCAAGAGCAAAUGGUAAAAGCUGAUAAAUUAACAUAUGUGCCAUUUUAUGCUCCAUUCUAACUUUUGGUUUCUAGGGAAUGUUUGAAAUAUUUGGAGCUUCACUGGCUACUGUACAUAAUAGGGUUAGC